AUGCCUGUGGUGUGGCCAACUCUCCUUGACUUCAGCAGAGAUGAAUGCAAAAGGAUUCUUCGCAAGCUAGGUAUUUUUACAUAUUUUAUUCAUUUAACAUGAGAAACAAUUAAACUUCUGCAGACUCUGUAUCUCGUGUUGUUGAGACAGCCCAAGCAUCAUGGGAGUAGUAGUCCACAAUAUCUGGAGUGCCUAACGUUUGUUGUUGCUGUUUCACAUCGCUCUCCCUCCAGCUGGCCCUGGGCAAUGUUUACUCCUUGCAUAAUCACAUGACUGGCCAUCCAUUGUACUGAUUGACCAGUGGUAGGCAACCUUUGGCACUCCAGAUGAUGUGGACUACAUCUCCCAUGAUGCUUUGCCAGAACAUUAUGGGAGAUAGUCCAAAACAUCGAAAGUACCGAAGGUUGCCAACCCCUGUGUUAGGUUGUCCGUUUCCAUUUCUAAUAAUUGAGUGAAAGGACAUAUUUGAACAGCGCUUGUGUCACGGUUUGUUUUCACUUUUAUUAAAUGUUCCCAACAGUUAUUGAGAAUAUUAAUACAUUUUAUUAAUAACGCAAACAUUUCCCAGGGCUAUGCUAGGCUACCCCAAAAAAUAAAUCCUAAAUAACGGCCAAUGAGUGAUCAGCGUGAAGACCUGCAAAUCCACGCUUUAUCCUUAGAACAGUGCAACAUCUCGAGCCAAGCUGAUCUCCCGGUCACCGUUUUAUUAAAUGACUGUAAUUUCAUUUAGAGUAUUCGUUGCCGGAGCGUGGCAGAAUCCUCAGACUUGCUUAGAUCCACGGGUAAUUGUAAUGUCUUGGGUUACACAGGAAUUCAAGCAAGUCGUUUGGCGUGUGUGUGUUUUUAUUUUGAUUCUUUGACAAACACACACCCACCCACCUACGUAUUUUAUGAAUGGUUCAAUUACAGGCUCCUAUGCCACCUAGUGGUUGUUAUGGUUCUCUGCGAGUGCAGAUAGUACAGCAUACAAUUCUUGCUUUCUGCCCACUAAAUACAUUUGUUACCAUAAGCUAUGUUGCUUUGUUUUCAUUCUUCCACAAAAAGGAUUAAUUUGAAGUGGGACACAUUUUGAUAAGGCGAAGAUUUCACCUCACUAUAAAAAACUAUGAUUUGCGCUUAUUCUUUUUCUCUAAUGUUUAUUUUUGGGCAGUUAAUACUCAGUAGUUUUCACAGAAGUGACAGCUCCUUUUCUGAUAUUGUCUUGAUUUUCGUUAAUGGAGUAAAUAAGCGUAAUAUAGUGAUAUAGUGAUUUAUAUUCAUGUAGACUCUACAUUGUAGAGAAUAACAAUCGCCAACAUUUCACAGAACGACAUUAGAACAGAUCAACUUACCUGGUUACUUUCCUGUUUUCUUGUUUGUCCAUAAAUGGCUGUUUUGAUCUAACGUUUACGGAGAGUUAUUUGGUAUAUUGAAUAGUGAUUAAUUCAUUCCAUUUCAGGCCCAGCCUCUGUUUGCCGAGGGCAUUACACCUCUCAUACUAGUGCAGUGUCAAAGUCCAGCGUAUGGAGCCUGCUCAGCUCACGUUGGAGCAGACAGGAGCCAUACUUCCCGAGAAUCUAGGAGACAGUGACAAUAGCUGGGAGCCAGGCCAAAUCUGCAUUCAUUGACAUACAGUCCAUUAGCCCAUCAUACACAUAAACAUGCAGAACGUGCCAAUCUCUAACCUAUACAGUCAAUCACGGACACAGACAUGACUAGUCAAACCAACACACUCGCACGUUUAAUUAUCUCCUAGCUCUUUCUGUUCACCUUCAUAGGCCGUGAAGCUGCUCUGUCCCUGCAGUGCGAUGGGUGCACACUGUCUGCAUCAUGCUGUAGCAGAGGCAGCUCUUGCUCUCUCUCUCGAGCUCUGUAUUCAGUCAGCGUACUGUGUGUGUGUGUGACAUUAUAUAACUUGAGUUGACAUGGGGACAGACUCUCCUCUCUAGGUCCCAUUUCUCUGUUGCCAUGGUGACCCCUCCUUGUAUUUGUAGAUUCCAAUACCACUGUAGAGGGAUACUCUCCACAUUAAAGCAGGACAAUGCUGUGUUUAGUUACAUUGUCUGUGAUUGUCACUCGUAUGAAUUGUCAUAUAGUGUAUAUCACGCCUCCAGUUUAGUGCAUCAGUCCUCUGGCUGGCUGUGCAUAAAAGGAGUAGUCUAAUGCCAGCUGGUGGUUGCUUCGUGCUGUCUCACUCUGUCUCUCACUGUCUCUGUCGUUUGUUCAGCUUUUCUGUGCUGUCAGGGUUAUUAACUAAGCUCAGGAUUAUAUUGUGUUAAAGUCUUAAUAGCAAGAUGAGGGCAAAUAUAGCACCUAUGGAGACAUUCCAACUGAGCUAUAGUCAAAGCUUGACUAUUUAUCCUCAAUACUGCAAUUCAGAUUUUAAUUCUGUACAAAUUCAGGGAAUAGCCAGGUGUGUGGGCUGUCUCGCUCUGUUUGGGUGCUCUGUGCCACGUGAGGCUGUCUCGCUCUGUUUGGGUGCUCUGUGCCACGUGAGGCUGUCUCGCUCUGUUUGGGUGCUCUGUGCCACGUGAGGCUGUCGCUCUGUUUGGGUGCUCUGUGCUACGUGAGGCUGUCUCGCUCUGUUUGGGUGCUCUGUGCCGUGAGGCUGUCUCGCUCUGUUUGGGUGCUCUGUGCUACGUGAGGCUGUCUCGCUCUGUUUGGGUGCUCUGUGCUACGUGAGGCUGUCUCGCUCUGUUUGGGUGCUCUGUGCUACGUGAGGCUGUCUCGCUCUGUUUGGGUGCUCUGUGCUACGUGAGGCUGUCUCGCUCUGUUUGGGUGCUCUGUGCCACGUGAGGCUGUCUCGCUCUGUUUGGGUGCUCUGUGCCACGUGAGGCUGUCUCGCUCUGUUUGGGUGCUCUGUGCCACGUGAGGCUGUCUCGCUCUGUUUGGGUGCUCUGUGCUACGUGAGGCUGUCUCGCUCUGUUUGGGUGCUCUGUGCUACGUGAGGCUGUCUCGCUCUGUUUGGGUGCUCUGUGCUACGUGAGGCUGUCUCUCUGUUUGGGUGCUCUGUUUGGCUCUGUUUGCUCUGUGCCACGUGAGGCUGUCUCGCUCUGUUUGGGUGCUCUGUGCCACGUGAGGCUGUCUUGCUCUGUGCCACGUGAGGCUGUCUUGCUCUGUGCCACGUGAGGCUGUCUUGCUCUGUGCCACGUGAGGCUGUCUUGCUCUGUGCCACGUGAGGCUGUCUUGCUCUGUGCCACGUGAGGCUGUCUUGCUCUGUUUGGGUGCUUUGUGCCACAUGAGGCUGACUUGCUCUGUUUGGGUGCUGUUUAGUUUAUAUGUGGCUGUCUCGCUCUGUCUAAUUUAUAUGUGGCUGUCUCGCUCUGUCUAAUUUAUAUGUGGCUGUCUCGCUCUGUCUAGUUUAUAUGUGGCUGUCUCGCUCUGUCUAGUUUAUAUGUGGCUGUCUCGCUCUGUCUAGUUUAUAUGUGGCUGUCUCGCUCUGUCUAAUUUAAAUAAGGCUGUCUCGCGCUGUCUAGUUUAUAUGUGGCUGCCUCGCUCUGUCUAGUUUAUAUGUGGCUGCCUCGCUCUGUCUAGUUUAUAUGUGGCUGCCUCGCUCUGUUUAGUUUAUAUGUGGCUGUCUCGCUCUGUUUAGUUUAUAUGUGGCUGGCUCGCUCUGUCUAGUUUAUAUGUGGCUGUCUCGCUCUGUCUAGUUUAUAUGUGGCUGCCUCGCUCUGUCUAGUUUAUAUGUGGCUGUCUCGCUCUGUUUAGUUUAUAUGUGGCUGGCUCGCUCUGUCUAGUUUAUAUGUGGCUGUCUCGCUCUGUCUAGUUUAUAUGUGGCUGCCUCGCUCUGUCUAGUUUAUAUGUGGCUGCCUCGCUCUGUCUAGUUUAUAUGUGGCUGCCUCGCUCUGUUUAGGUUACGUGUUAUUUUUUGUCUCUGGUGAUGUCAUUGUGGCCGUUUCCUGUGUUGCUGUGUAUUAGUUUGCUUGCCGAGGGCUGCAGGGGAUGUGCGGUGCUUGAUACGCUCCUGGCAUGAUAGCAGAAUUGCAGGCAGCGGUUUCCCAUCUACUCUGACACUUAGCCUGUUUGUUCUAAUGUUCAUUGUCUUUGCAUAUAAAGCAGGCGUGUAAGGAGACAUCAGAUUCUAUUUUUUUUAUUAUUAUUAUUCCUGGGUAAUUUAUUUACUGAUUUUAUAAUCUUCAUGUAGUCAUGAGGCCCUCAGUUCUACAAACCAAUACUCUAAAAAUGCCCGAAAUGCUCGCCAUGCAAUGAGUAAAAUGCGAUUUCUGUGGUGACCAUUCCAAGAUGGACGUUUUACCCUUGAGAAGACGAUGCAGUCUUCAUCCAUCCUUCUCUGAAAACAUUGCUUCUGGAACUGUUUACUAAUGAUCUGACUGGGGAAUAGUCUAGUUUCUGCUGGAAAUCGUAGUUCUUCCGUGACUCCCACCCCAGGUUGGUAAUGUGCUUUAGAGGCACCAUAACCACUGCAGACCAACUACAAAAAUCACAUUUUUAAAUUCUUAAUUUUAACGUUUGAAAAUGAGGGCUUGUCUAUAUAUUAACAUGCAGCUAGUAUGGUAUUUAUUUACUUGGGAUCGAUCAAUAUCCAUUUUACAGAGCCGAACCAAUACUGAUUAUUGGGCACCCUCCUGGCUGAUUACCAAUGCCGAUAUUCUGUACAUUUAAAGUUUUGAAAAAGUAAAGAUUUUUACACAAAUCUGAGCAUGCUGACAGCAGUCACAUUCCUAUCACUCUCAGGCAGCCUGAACAUACUGAGAUCCCAUCAUGUACAGUGCUGUUACUGAUAAGAGUGUAUCAAGAGGAAAAGGAAAGUAACUGCGCCCAAAGAUUACGUACAAAACUCCAUUAGUACAUAGGUCUUUUGAAAUUAUACACGUAUUGGACCUCAUAUAAAACAGAAGAAACCAUAAUAGUGCAAUACAGUAUGUACAAUAAGUAAGUGAUGUGUGAUUACACUUACAUUUAAUUGAGCUAUCUCAGAGCUCAACUGUUUCAGCGCAUGGACGGAACAAACCCCGUCUAAGGAUAUAAGUUGGUAUAGGUGUCCCAAAUGGAGUGCAGUGUGUGUAUAGAGAAUAUAGGUAGGGAUAGAUACAAAAAUAAUACUCCAAUGGUGAAAUAAAUAUUUGUAAAUGUGGAGUAAUAUAAAUAAAGUAACAUACUCACAUUUCCCAGAGCAAGAAUUGCUCUGGUAUAUAUAGCGUUGGUGGUAUAAUCCCCACCUUAAAAAUUAUCAAAAGUUUAAUAGUUCGCUGUUUAGACUGCUGCUGCUUUCUAGCUCAACAGCUAUCAGUCUACAUCCACAUAUAACGUGCACACCUCUCGUGACGUCACUUCCAGCUGAGAGUGUGCUUACUGACAGCAGUCACAUUCCUAUCACUGUCAAGCAGCCAGAACAUACUGAGAUCCCAUCAUGUACAGUGCUGUUACUGAUAAGAGUGUGCUUACUGACAGCAGUCACAUUCCUAUCACUCUCAGCCAGCCAGUAAAUAAUGAGAUCACUGAGAUCCCAUCAUGUACAGCACUGUUACUGAUAAGAGUGUGCUUACUGACAGCAGUUACACUCUUGUCUCUGAGUCAGCCAGCUCAGCAAAAUACAGUAGAUUAUACCUCCCUGCCUUCAGCUGAGCGAUGCAUGCUAGGACUCACAGGGAGGGGUGACGUGAGGUCACGACAUGGCACUUCAUCGGCUGGCGGCUGGAGUUGGGAGGGGGAGUUCGUAUUUGUAAUGUACUUUCUAUUUAUAAUUUAUUUGAAGAGACUGUCGUAUUCGGAGUAUCACUCUAACUGUAACAUUGCUAAUACGGGUAUUAUAGAUAAUAAAGAGGAGGCUAAUCUUUGUACAAUCCAGAGUGUUCAAGUAUAAAACUAUACAUUUAUAUAUUCAACGGUUAGAUGUAAGUUUUCAGAUGAAAAGCCAUGCUGUGUAAAAGGUGAUAUGUAAAUCUGCCUACUCUCUUGGUACUGUUGCUUACAUAUUACCUCAUUUCAAACCCUUGUCAGUCAAGUAUACAUACAAUAUAACAAUAAAUGAAUCUGUAUAGUCAUUAAUGUCCUUUCCAUGUGACUCCUGUUCCUGGUUUUCAGAGCUGGAGGCGUAUGCUGGCGUUAUUAGCGCCCUCCGCGCCCAGGGAGACCUCAGUAAGGAAAAGAAAGAUCUUCUUGGGGAGCUGUCGAAAGUGUUAAGGUAAUCCCCAUAUUCCGUAUAAUAACGAUAGUCACAUGUAGAGCUUUUACAUUGUGUAUAUAGACUAUAGAAACCAACCAGCACAGUGUCACAGUUAUAGAAUAAAUAUUCAUCUCUAUUUUAUAGGCAGCUCACGUUUCUGGAAUUACUUAGUGGUUCAUGUGCACACUGACAGGAUUAUUUACUAAAGUAAUAAUUGUUGGGAAUUUCAAAUUUAAAGCUGCCGAAAUCUAAAAAUUCCCCAAGUCCGCUAUGCUUCCCAUUCGGCUCCUUUUGACUUUCAAUUUUCAAUUAAUUUUAUUUUCAGUUUUAAUUUCCGGUAAUUUUCACUUUGAUAAAUAACCUGUAAAUGUUCCUGACCGUUUGUGUCUGAGGUUUUGAUAGCAUAAUGUGUGAAUAAUUAGCAUUGUAUUCUACGAUGUAUUCCAUGUGUUCACUCGUGUUAUAACUUGCGGCAUCCAACGAACAUUACUCCUUCUAUUUUGUGCUAGCAUUUCAACAGAGCGGCACCGGGCAGAGGUACGAAGGGCGGUGAACGAUGAGCGCCUCACAACCAUUGCACACAAGUGAGUGGUGACUGUCUCGUAGCAUAACAUGUCAGGUAGAGAGUGUUUGCCGUGCAGCGUGAAUAAAUAGUGAACAGAAAAAAAAAGGGUGAAAGCACACAAACAGUGGAAUAUUUUACCUUUAAAAUCUUAUAUAGGUCCUAUUUUCAGCAACAGACAGUAACUGUGGACCCUAUAUAUAAUAUACACAAGAAAACAACAUAGUGUAUACUGCUGAAACCUAUUUACAAUAUGUGGAGAAUAAAAAAGGUUCACUCACACUUUCCAGAGCCACAUAAGUUAGGCUCUGGACUGUAAAGGUAUUUCAUCCACCAAGGGAUACACUGGAUCUGAUCCUCCUUAAAUGUUUGUAAAAAGUUUUUCUUCGCAGGAACCAGGUAAGGUGAAGUGUUAAAAUAAACAUUUAUUUGGUAUAAAAUAAUAAAAGCAGAAAUGGCUGACACAGCAGCUAGCACAACGCGUUCGACCCUCCAGGGUCUUUUUCAAGUGCAGUAUAUCCUCCCCAUUUGCUGACCCACCUAUAUAUAUGUCUCCAAUUUACCAUAUUGGAGACAGGUGUAGCAGCAGGAAAUGGUAAUUGAAUGUCCAUAUUUGGUCAUUGCAGGAAGCAUCUCGCCACCACUAAGAUGGUGCUUCCUGUUUUGACAUAUAUAAAUAAAGAGAGAAAAAAAAUUGCUUCUGGUUUUUACAUAUAAAAAAAUCAAUAAAAAAAUCUUUAUUUUAAGGUGUUUUUAAGCUGCACCAGUUAUAGUAUUUUGUGUAUUUCUUGUGAAUAAAUAGUAGCUCACAUGAUACACAGCCGGCCGAGUGUCCCAGGAAUGUGAAAUCCGCACAGCCUUGUGGGUGUAAAUGGGUUUGAAGAGAGAAACUAAUAGAAUAAAGUCUAUAUAAAACCGAGGGAAAGUAAGUAGGGAUGAACUGGUACAAUCCGAAUUGGCGUUACCAUGGAAAAGUAGUGGGUGCUUUUUUUAAUUUGAAUUUAGAUUAGAUUGUGUCCUACCGAGCUUACAUUCUGGUUUUCUAGCAUGUCUGGUCCAAACAGCUCUUCCGAGUGGUCCAUCGAGGGGCGACGUUUGGUGCCACUGAUGCCUCGCUUAGUCCCACAGACGGCUUUUACUGCCACUGCCAAUGCCAUCGCAAACUCUGCUGGACAGCACAACUCUGCCCUUCCAGACCCUGCGGAGACUGGUCACAAAGAAGGUAAGUCCUAAUCUAAUCGGCCAUUAUCAUUGGGCACUGUUAUACCUCGCUAAGAUAUUUACAGUCAGCUUGGUGCUGCUAGAUAAAAACUGGGGGAAUUUACUAAUAGAAGAUCGGUGGUAUUAUUUUAGAACUUUGCCCCAGUUUUUUUUUUUUUGUUAAAUGAAUUUGUCCCAAUGUACAUAUUUUUGUUCCUGUUUCUAUGGCUUCAUUUUACUGUAUGGGGUGUUGGGAUGACUCUGCAAAGCAUGAGCGGUCCGUGGGCAUUCAGGAGUCAUUUUAAAUUGCUCAAUUAAAUGGUGUAGCUUGCACUACAAUAGCAAAGCUCAAAUUUUUCACAAGUUAAAUGUUCUAGUAUUUCCCACCCAUAAAACAGACAAGUCCCACGUGCACCAAGAUUAUCCUCUCUGAAUUCUUACUAUCUGAACAUUUUAGUAGUUCGUUUGGUGCCAGUCCCUAUCCUCCAUCCAUGGUUAUGCUGGUUCUAUCUGUACGACAUGAUUGGAUUGUAGUGAAGAUCGUGCAAAGAGAACUGGCAGUGAGCACUAUGCAUUCCCAUUUCAUGUCAUUUUUGAUUGAUCGUUUGUGAUCAGUAUUUUCUCAUUAAAUCAUGCGGUCUGUGGGCCGUGCACCCAACAAAUGUUCUUUUACAAAAUAAGUGCAUGUAAUUCCUGUAAAUAUGUUUCUUCCAGUGGUAGUAUGUUACUCCUAUACAAGUACCACGUCAACACCCACCUCCACCCCAGUUCCCAGCGGUAGCGUGGCCACUGUAAAGUCUCCCCGACCAGCCAGCCCUGCUUCAAACGUGGUCGUACUUCCAAGCGGCAGCACAGUUUAUGUGAAAAGUAAGUACUGCUGUGUAUCCUGCACUUUGCUCUGGAACAGACUAAAUAAAGUGUGUGUGUGUGUGUGUGUAUAAAUAUAUAUAUAUAUAUAUAUAUAUAUAUAUAUAUAUAUAUAACAGAAAUUGACUUUGUUUUUAGUAUAUCUGGCAUAAAUAAAUUAAGGUUAUAGACAGGUGGGUAUUGUGCUAGAAGAUCAUGCGAGUGGGCUUCCUUUGUGAUCUUUAGGACAUAAUAUUAUUGGCCUUAACGCUGAGCUCUGUUAUUGUAGCUGGAGACUUGCAAAAAAUAACUUCCUGCUCAUUCGCGCUAGUUAGUACCAUACCAUAUACAUUGUUCAAAACUUGGUAAUAUUAUUUUUAUCACCAUUUAUAUUGCGCCAACAGAUUCCAUAGCACUUUACAAUAUUAUUAGAGGGGGGAUUUAACAAUAAAUAAAUAAAUUACAAGAAAACUUACAGGAAUGAUAGGUUGAAGAGGACCAUGCUCAAACAAAAAGAAGGCGGGGUAUAAAACACAAUAGGAAUAUGCUGGCUCUUGAGUGAGGAAUAAAUUGUUUAAUAUAUCCUAAAACACAAUUAUUAUUUUUUUUGGUGUGGCUCUUUAUGAUGUGCUUUUGCAGGUGUCAAUUGCUCAGAUGAUGACGAAAAACCUCGGAAAAGAAGGCGUACAAACUCCAAUAGUAGUUCCCCCGUUGUCCUAAAGGACGUUCCCAAGAUGUUGACGCCUGUCUCCAAGACCAUUACUGUGCCCGUCACUGGGAGCCCCAAGAUGAGCAACAUCAUGCAGAGCAUUGCCAACUCUUUACCUCCCCACAUGUCUCCCGUGAAGAUCACCUUUACCAAACCCACCACACAGACUACCAAUACCUCCACGCAGAAGGUCAGUGCCUGUACUAGUGUACACUAAGACUCUCGGGUUAAAAAAAUAUUGUUUUGUCAGAGCUGAGAUUUCAUCAUUUCGUUGAGGGUUAUUAACCUUAAAAUUAGACAUGUGCAAAAAUAUUUUUAAGCAGUUUGUUAGAAUAAUGUUUCUGACAAUCAGUGAACGAAUAGAUUUCAAAAAUUCAGUUAGCCUAGAAAGAACCUAGUCCGAUUCAGCUGAAUUAACAUCCUUUUUGAAUUGGUUUUAAUUUUGGUGAUUCUGAAUUGAUUUGUUUGUGAACUUACCGAAUAUUCACUAAAAAUGCCAAUGAGAUAGCUCAGUGGGCUAAUGCAUCAUCAGUAGAAUCUUUUGAACCCUUGGUUCAAAUCCUGGCAGGGCUGUCUGAUCCUUCCGAGGUAGAUAAAAUGAGUACCUUUAAAUUGGGCAAUAGUAACAUCCGCAGGAUGCACUUGGAAACCAGAGUAAUCUGAAUGUACUUUUCCUGGUUAAAUACUUUGUUGUUGUUAUUACUGAUUCAAAAAUUGCCAGGAGUCUGCUGGUGCUUCAUUUAAACAGCCAUUUCAUGUGAAAUUGAUGUAAAUAAUGUUUUUGAAAUAAUACUUCUUGAAAGGAUGCAUUAUUUUUUUUGGUUACAGGUAAUUAUAGUAACGACUUCUCCAAGCUCCACAUUUGUUCCGAACAUUUUAUCGAAGUCCCACAACUAUGCCGCUGUCACCAAACUGAUACCCACCUCCGUCAUAACAUCCACCACACAGAAACAGCCAUUAAUUGUCACCUCUUCGCAAUCCUCGCUUAUCCCGGCAGCCAUUGAAGGCGGACCUUCUGCCCCUUUGUCCUCUGGUAGUAUUGCUGUCACUACAGUGGUUUCUGCUACCCCUUCACUGGUCAUGUCCACAAUGGCGCAAGGUAAGCCCUUUCCCCCUGUCUUUUCAUGUUUUUAUAGAAUUUUGUUUUCUUUCACAAAACUGUAGCAUUGAUUUAAGGUGCAUUAUAAGCACUAAAACAACUGCUCGCUUAAUGAAGCAGUUUUUGUGUAUUGAUAAUGCCCCUGCAGUCUCGUUGCUCAAUUCUCUUCUAUUUAGGAGUUAAAUCACCUUGUUUCUGCAGCCCUUGUCACACCUUCCCUGGCUGUGACCUAAACAGCCUCACCUGAAAAAGUCAAUAUUUUUAGCUUCCUUCAUUGUACUUUGUGUUUACUUUAGACGUUAUUCUCUCCUUCCCUGUUAACAGCCCGCUAGAGCCCUCUGUGUGAUAUAAAGUUCAGUUUACAGCAGGAAAUAAAAGCUUCUAAAGUAAACACAUUGUGCUGUGAGAUCUGUUUGACAAUAAAACCAUUUUUAUUAUGCAGACUUUGUCAGUCACAGCCUGGGGAGAUGUGGCUAGGAUUGCAUAAUCAGAAACAAAAGUGAUUGAACUUCUAAAUUACACAGAAUUGAGCAUUGAGACUGCAGGGGCAUGAUCUAUACACCAAAACCACUUAAUUACGCUAAUGUUGUUUUAAUGUUUAGAGUAUACCUUUAAUGAAUAUUGUAUAAUAUGUGUCCAACAUAAAUAUUUUUUUUAAAUGUUUUUUAAUAAACUAGCAUCUAUGUAGGGACUGAGACUUUAUUUUUAUUUUGUUUAGAUGCAUUAAUGGCAUCAGAAAAGAAAUGAAAUGCACCAAUGUUUAUUUUACCCCUUCAUUCAGGUUCCACUUGGAACUUUUUGAGAUUGCAUUUUGCAGGCACACCUUUCCAGUGACGUCACUAGGCCCCCCUACAUCAUGCUGUGCCCCCCCCCAAACGCUGGCAACUUCCUGGCCACGUGCUGUGCUUAAGAUUAUAUUCCCUCUGGCUGUAACAGUCUGUGACAGCCCGAGGGAAUGCAGGACCGAGGUGCUGGGUGUUCUCUGUGGCCGGAGGGAGCACUGAGAGGCUCCUGGGAAUAGGCCAUGCCCCCCAACCGAAGCCCCACCCCCGCUCAUAAGCCCCACCCCGCCGUUAAGCAGCAGACCAUAUUGCUGCUGGAAAGGAUGGAAGAUGGCUCUCUGACCCCCAGCAACAGCCUCCAGUGACAGGUAGGCUUGGGGUGUGUGUGUGUGUCUGCUAGUGAGGAAGCUUGUGUGAGUAUGGACUCAGCAGUCUGUGUGCGUAUGGACUCAGCAGUCUGUGUGCGUAUGGACUCAGCAGUCUGUGUGCGUAUGGACUCAGCAGUCUGUGUGCGUAUGGACUCAGCAGUCUGCGUGCGUGCGUAUGGACUCAGCGGUCUGCGUGCGUGCGUAUGGACUCAGCGGUCUGCGUGCGUGCGUAUGGACUCAGCGGUCUGCGUGCGUGCGUAUGGACUCAGCUGUGUGUGUGUGUGUGUGUGUAUAGACUCAGCAAUCUGUGUGUGUGUGUGUAUGGACUGUAUCAAGGAAAAUGUUUGUUUUUUAAUAAUCCUUGGUGGAAAAUAAUGAAUUCUCCACCAGGGAUUAUUAAAAAAAAAGUUUCGGGGGCGGGGCUUAACAUGCGGCAGGGCGGGGUUAAAUGUGCCCCCCUACUUUUGUCCCUGGCCCACCAUGUGCCCCCCCCUAAAAAUGAAUCCUAGCGACACCACUGCACCUUUCAUAGCCUUUAACUACACCUAGCGCAGCCAUACCAAACCGUGUGAAAAACUGGGUGAGAUGGGCUGUCAUGGAAACACGAUAUACCAGAUUCUGUCUCUAUUUCCCACUAAAUAGAUUUAAAAUUUUGUUUCAUUGGUAUUUUUUUAUUUAUUUAGUUAAAUUUAAAGGCUGUGUAAUUGAAAUCUUGAAAUGCUUUCUGGGGCGAUGUACUAUUACGUUACAUGUCCUUCCAAUAAAUAUUAUCCAUACCCCAGAGAAUCCGUUAUUGUGUGUUCCCUCUGGGUGGAUAUUUACAGUUUCGGCACUGUCUAAAUUGUGGUUUAUCAGAGUUUUUGCUGUUUUUAUGUUCAAACCAUUCCUUCGACACAUGUCUGAUGAGAUAUGUUUUAUUUUUCCUGUUACAUUAAAUGUGUCUCAGCCUCUUCAAUGAAAGUACCAUCCAACAGACUACCUUCUCCCAAGAGUUUGGUUGCCACACCAGGUCAGAUCCUAGCACAGUUUCCAAAACAGUAUCAGCAGUCGCCAAAACACCAGAUUCAUCAUGUAACGCAGCAGACCACACACCUGGCACAGCCAACCUCCAUCACGCACACGACUACUCCGCAGGCUCCAAUUUCCCCUGGCGUCAAGCCAACCAUACAGAUCAAGCAGGAAUCUGGUGGGUAUGCUGUGUAAAUGCCAAUCAUGUAAGAGAAGUGUAAAACAGUUUAAGCCCUGUCACUACCACAGUGUAUGCGUGUCAAUAACUUUUACACAUUGAACAAUUAACAUAAAUGUAAAUUUUCUUUUUGCUACAUCCCUGUAUGUUUAUUUUUCACUAUAGAAUAUACACGUAUAACAUUAAAGGAUCACUAUAGUGCCAGGAAAACAUACUCGUUUUCCUGGCACUAUAGUGCCCUGAGGGUGUCCCCACCCUCAGGGACCCCCUCCCGCCCGGCUCUGGAAAGGGGAAAAGGGGUAAAAUCUUACCUUUCUCCAGCGCUGGGCGGGGAGCUCUCCUCCUCCGAUCCGCCUCCUCUCCGCCUGUUCGGCUGAAUGCGCACGCGCGGCAAGAGCUGCUAUGUUUAUAAAAAAAAAAAAAUGGGGUAACCCUAGCUGGACCUGGCACCCAGACCACUUCAUUAAGCUGAAGUGGUCUGGGUGCCUAGAGUGGUCCUUUAACAUACACCUUAUACCAGUGAUGGCGAACCUUUUUGAGCUCGGUGUGUCAAAAUUCGUAAAAAAAAAACCAACAAAAACUUAGCUUAACUCAGGUGCCAUGUCACAUCUAGAAAUAUUCAUAAUUUAAUAGGGCUUUAGUGUGAUGUGAUAGGGGCAGAAUUGUGAUGGAUUGUGGCAUUAGUGAGGGGAUGGGAACGGUAUUGUGGGGGUUGGGGCUAUGGUGGAAGGGGGAUAUGGACAGUAUUGUGGGUGUUGAUGCUUUUGUGGGGGGCAAUACCAGUAUUGUGGGGGGCUGGGGAUAUGGUGGGAGGAUAGGAACAGUAUUGGGGGCAGGACAGCAUUGUGGGGGACUGGGGUUAUGGUGGGGGGGGUACGAACAGUAUUGUGGGGAGUAGGGGCAGUAUUGUAGGGGACUGGGAUUGAUGGGGGUAGCAUUGUGUGUAGUGGGACAGUAUUGUGGAGGAAUGGUGCUAUACUACGGGGUAGGGACAGUAUUGUGGAGGGUAGGAAAGUAUUGAUGACUUGGGCUAUGGUGGGAGGGGAUAGGGACGGUAUUGUGUGGGACUUGGGCUAUGGUGGAAGGGGUAGUGGGACAUACACACACACUUUUUUUUUCUACAAUCAACCCAGUCUCCCUACCUGAAGAGCUGGAGUGGAUCCUGGGGUCUAGUAAACUGCUUCCCUGCUCCUAAGAGAGAGCUCCGUUCAAUAUCAGCAUGUCCUGUAUAAGUGUAUAGCUCGCACGCUCGCCCCGUAGUGCCUCUGCCGGAAUGUGACGUUAUCUUCUGGCUUCCAGGACCUAUACAGAACUGACACUCCGCGCCGGGCAGCCAAGGUACGGGUGCGCUACAGGAAAUGACCGGCAGGAGAGGGAGCACUGUGCGCUUCCCUCCUGCCGGUCACCCGGAUAUUUGUGCCCCCGGGCUGGUACGCCCUAAGGAAGCCGGCCCUGUGCGUGUCACCCAAAAUGUCUUGGCGUGUCCCCUUUGACAUGCGUGUCAUAGGUUAGCCAUCACGGCCUUACACAAAUACAUGAGCUAGACUGCAUUAAAAUCAAAUAACAUUUUAUAUAUAUAUGCUAUCUGCCGAUUUCACUGGCACUAUAUGGAAAAUAGAUUUAUGAUUUGGGGAGUAGCUGGUCCACUUUGACUGUCCUCAGUAUUUGUUCUGUGUGAGUGAUAAAAUGUUUGUUAUAGUUUUUGUUUUGUUCCCCCCCCCCCACCCUCCUUUUUUUUUUCCCUCUGCAGGUGUUAAGAUAAUCACGCAGCAGGUUCAGCCCAGUAAAAUCCUCCCCAAACCAGUGACUGCUGGUCUGCCAAACAGUAGCAACACCCCCAUAAUGGUAGUGAGCAGCAACGGAGCCAUCAUGACCACAAAAUUGGUCACGACUCCCAGCGGUAAGACUGUUGGCUCGUAUAGAAAGUUAUAUGGAACGGUGCCAGUUAUGUAUGUGAUCAGAAAGGGGCAUGUCAUUGUGGCAUACAUGCCAGCCAGCUAGCCAGGGCACUGCUGAGACACUCUGUAUCCAUACCAUGCCUUGCCACAAGCACGUUUAAUGACAUGCGCUCUGCACAUUAUGGGAAUUUCUCUCUUAUGCUUCUAAAAGCAGGAGAUAAAAGACAAAACCUGCAACAGGAGGGAAAAUCUGUGAAAAUUAGGAUUCAUGUGUUUACGAUCUGUAAAUAGAAUCUUUACUAUAGUUUGAAAAAUCUAGAACAUAAUUGUAUUUUCUUUUAUUUGUACAUAUUUUGUGUUUUUGGUGUAUUUGCAUUAUAACCAACGUUCAUAUUUCAUUAGGUACACAAACCACGUAUACACGUCCGGCUGUCAGCUCAACCCUUGGUGCCCGUAUGGCUGCCACGCCCGGGGCUACAUAUGUGAAGACGACGAGUGGAAGUAUCAUCACUGUGGUACCAAAGUCAUUAGCCACCCUGGGGGGCAAGAUAAUUACCAGCAACAUUGUGUCUGGUACGUGUGCUUUCAUGCGCAGUAAACGUCACGUGCAUUUUAGUGUUUUUUUGUUUUUGUUUAUAUAACUGACCGUUUUUUUGCAAACAGUGGUUACUCCUAUGUCUAAGGACCUAUAAUCCCGUAACGCAUUAGGUGUGCCUUUCCCCCGGUUGUUCCUUUUUUUGUUUUGUGCCGAUUUAAACCUAUGGGUUUUGAGCACUUGCAGUGGCGUUAUUUUUAUUUAUUUUUUUUAAACCUCAAACUGAACAAGUUACAAGUGCAUUUCAAGACUGCAUAUUGUGAUUUAUUCACUAGAAUGGGAAUUUGUGGAAAACCCACACAGUAAGUGCAUAGGCCCAAAAGACCAUUUUUAGCACUACUUAACAAUUCCCGAAUUGUCUAACCCAGAUACAUCUAACCCAACCGAUGUGGAUAAAAGCUCCAGAUAUUAACCUUGAUCUAAUUUAGGGAUCGACCGAUAUUGAUUUUUUUUUAGAGCCGAUACCGAUAAUCUGUGAACUUUCAGGCCGAUAGCCGAUAACUUGCCAAUAUUCUGUACGUUUACCAUUUGGGAAAAAUAAACUAUUUCUAAAGGUAAAUGCACAAAAUAAACAUGCCACAUGUAGUGGAUGCAGUGUGCUUAGACAGGGGAGCUGUGUGUGUUUGUGUAGUGGAUGCAGUGUGUAUUUGUGUAGUGUGUAUAUAAUGAAUGCAGUGUGUUUGUAUAGUGUGUGUGUGUAUAUAAUAAAUGCAAUGGGUUUGUGUAGUGUGUGUGUGUGUGUGUGUGUGUAUAUAUAUAUAUAUAUAUAUAUAUAUAUGUGUGUAUAUAAUGAAUGCAGAGUGUGUUUGUAUAGUGUGUGUGUAUAUAACGAAUGCAGAGUGUGUGUGUUUGUAUAGUGUGUGUGUGUGUAUAUAACGAAUGCAGAGUGUGUGUUUGUAUAGUGUGUGUGUAUAUAACGAAUGCAGAGUGUGUGUUUGUAUAGUGUGUGUGUUUGUAUAGCGUGUGUGUGUAUAUAAUGAAUGCAGUGUGUUUGUAUAGUUUGUAUAUAUAAUGAAUGCAGUGUGUGUGUAUAUAAUGAAUGUAGUGUGCGAGUGUAGUGUGUGUAUAUAAUUAGGGGGGGGAGAGGGCAUUUUUUUAUUUUAAUUUUUAAUAUUUAUGUUCAGUGGCAUGGACUGAGCAGUGGGAGAUCCCAGCAGCAAGCUGUUGCUUACCUCCCAGCAGCUCCCAGUGUAAAUCUCGUGGUCUGUGUGCCGCGCGGAGCGUUGUCAUGGUAAACCAUGGCAACGCUCUGACAGCCGCGGGACUCGCAAGAUUUACACUGGGAGCUGCUGGGAGGUAAGUAACAGCUUGCUGCUGGAACUUCCCAGGACCGCCGGGCUUGUAAUAAGCCUGGUGGUCCUGGUAUGUAUUAUCAGCCAUAUCGGUAUCUUAUUGGCCAAUACCGAAUAUCGGCCGAUCCCUAAUCUAAAUGUAGAUAUAUUGAUAUUGCUAAUCCUGGAGUUUUUCAUUUUUAAAUUGAUAAAAAAAACAAAACAGACUUUUGGACUCUCAUUCCCAGUAAGUGGCCUCUAUAUUUCCAAACAUGACAGUCCUGACUUAUUGUGCUCCUUCUUUAACCAUAUCCUCUGUAAAGACUGCAGACCCUGAAACUUCCACAGAAAGCAAAGGUUUUUCUUCCACCCUCCUUUAUCUGUUCCAGUCUGCCUUUGUGGGUGGGUUAUUGCACUCCUUGAUUUUCAGGUAGGUAUAUCUUUUUAGUAGGAGCAGAAAAAAAUGGGGGAUGGGUCUGCGCCGAUGUGUACACUGAGUGUUGAGUCCAAUGUAUAUUGUCGUGUCCAAAGUUCUACUUUUGGUGGGGUUCAAAAGGUACGUAUCGUGGAGAGUAGUCCAAAUAUAAGAAGUAGAAGAGAUCUUACUUACAAUUAACAGAGCUUAACCCAGCUCUGGUGUGGAUAGCUCGCAGCGGUAUUAUCCCCGCUUACAGGAUAUUCGGCAAGUGUCCUCUUCUUUGUGGUAGCAGGUGGCCGUAGUUGGGGAAGAUAAAAUGAAGACAGUAAUGGUGCAGUAUGUUCUACACUGAUAAAAAAUAUAAUAAAAUAUGAUUGAUACACUCACAUUCGGUAGAGCUUAGGCUAGCUCUAGUUGGUUAGGCGUACAGCGGUAUCAUCCCCGCUUAUGGGAUAUAUGAGGAGUGAUCUUGAUCGGAGUAUCAGGAGCUCGAAGAGAAGGUAAAACAGCGAUCGUGCUCUCAAUAAAAUCUUGAAUGGUAAAAUAAAAUAAUAAAAUAUACUCACAGUGUAUAGGGCAGGCUAACUGCUCUAUGUAACAGCGUAGGUGGUAUAAUCCCCACCUGGGAUUCUUGGAGUAUGGUAUACAGGACUUAAAAUAAUAAAAAAAAAAAAAUAAAUAAAAAUAAAAUAUAUAUAAAAAUAUAUAUAUAUAUAUAUAUAUAAAUAGAAAGUUAUUAAAAUAGCCAGGUAAUAAAAAAGAUGAUGGUUUAUAUGUAAAAGUGACCAAAAUCUUUUAUUAACAAUAUAUAAAAUAGUAUAAAAUAUCCAAACGCGUUUCACCAAUGUAAGGCUUUAUCAAUGGAUAACAAAACAUUGAUAAAGCCUUACAUUGGUGAAACGCGUUUGGAUAUUUUAUACUAUUUUAUAUAUUGUUAAUAAAAGAUUUUGGUCACUUUUACAUAUAAACCAUCAUCUUUUUUAUUACCUGGCUAUUUUAAUAACUUUCUAUUUAUAUAUAUAUAUAUAUUAUUUUUUUUAUUAUUUUAAGUCCUGUAUACCAUACUCCAAGAAUCCCAGGUGGGGAUUAUACCACCUACGCUGUUACAUAGAGCAGUUAGCCUGCCCUAUACACUGUGAGUAUAUUUUAUUAUUUUAUUUUACCAUUCAAGAUUUUAUUGAGAGCACUAUCGCUGUUUUACCUUCUCUUCAAGCUCCUGAUACUUCGAUCAAGAUCACUCCUCAUAUAUCCCAUAAGCGGGGAUGAUACCGCUGUACGCCUAACCAACUAGAGCUAGCCUAAGCUCUACCGAAUGUGAGUGUAUCAAUCAUAUUUUAUUAUAUUUUUUAUCAGUGUAGAACAUACUGCACCAUUACUGUCUUCAUUUUAUCUUCCCCAACUACGACCACCUGCUAACACAAAGAAGAGGACACUUGCCGAAUAUCCUGUAAGCGGGGAUAAUACCGCUGCGAGCUAUCCACACCAGAGCUGGGUUAAGCUCUGUUAAUUGUAAGUAAGAUCUCUUCUACUUCUUAUAUUUGGACUACUCUCCACGAUACCGUACCUUUUGAACCCCACCAAAAGUAGAACUUUGGACACGACAAUAUACAUUGGACUCAACACUCAGUGUACACAUCGGCGCAGACCCAUCCCCCAUUUUUUUCUGCUCCUACUAUUUGUAUUCCAAGGACACCAGAGGGAAUCCUUGUUUGGGACUGCUGCCUCUCUGACUAGCGCUGACUCAACCCCCCGUUUUGUUAGGUAUAUCUUUUUGUUGUACAUUUGCUGACGGUUUAACAAGCCCAGUGCAGGGAUUCUAUUGGUGUUACUGCUCACAUGUGGUUUUUGGCAGGUCGUAUGCUGUUGAUGCCAACAGGAAAUCUGCAGUUUAAUGAAAUGUGGAAGAGUUUUGCAGCGAGUUUAGAUGACACAGAUAAUAUAAAACAAAGCAGUGUGAUCCGCACACUUUAAAUUUUUUUUUUUAAAUGCCCAGGACACUAUACGGUAUAAUAUGUCAGAUAUUGUUCUGCAACCACAUACAGUAUAUAAAAUAUCCAUUUCAUGGAUGAGUGUGUUAUCAGUGUCGUACUCCAGUAAGACUGGAGUUGUGAAAGUGGAUCAGUCACCAUAGGUUGACCACCUUGACAGCUGUAGUAUUUAUCCUUCUCGUCUGGUUUUUUUUUUUUUUUAAAUACUCAGGAACUACAACCAAGAUUACCACCAUCCCCAUGACCUCGAAGCCCAAUGUCAUCGUGGUGCAGAAAACAGCAGGGAAAGGAACGACUAUUCAAGGACUCCCCGGAAAAAAUGUUGUUACAACACUGCUGAAUACAGGGGUGAGCAGAACAUACAUUGAUCAAGGUUUUUAUUGUUUAUAAAAGGAUAUUUAUUCUUGUUUGUAAACUUACUUGAGUGUCGUAUAAUUCUCACUGAAUCAAUGUAUUCAUUUUGCGUCCAUGAAUUUACACAAGUAUUGUUUUUGUAAUUACUUUCUGACAGAACAAGAACAUAACUGCUUUUGAGUGGAAUAUAUUGGUAGGUGUGCUAUUUUAAGUUUUUACCUAGAAUCUCAUCAGGGGAAUAGCCCUGCACCCCCAACCCCAGAUCCUGCUACAGUGCUGGGUCUGGGUGUAACUAGAGUGCACAAAAAUGCAUGUUUACAGAAAAUAUUUCAUUUAAAGUGUGUCCUACAAAUGUAAACUCCAGGUUUUUGUUUUCGGAUUAUUGAUAAAUAUUUCAUGUUUAUUGGCAGUGUUCUAAUACUCCUUUUUAAAGUUUGGGGUAAAAAGUUGUAUAAACGUUAGGCAUCCUCUGUAAUGGGUAUCUGACUCUUUAUACCCAAAAGGAUCUUAGUUUGGUUUGGAGAAUAAAGGGCAUUGGGCAGGAUUUAUUGAUAAUAUCUUAAAACUGAUCUGUCAUAGGGUUUGUGCCAUUUUUCCAUAUUGAUAGCGCUAGUUCCUCCAGACUUCCUACAGGACAGUUAUUAUCAAUUAUUUCAAACACUGUGUUAAUUCUUUGAAGCUGAUCGGCUUAAAGGACCUCUAUAGUGCCAGGAAAACAUACUCGUUUUCCUGGCACUAUAGUGCCCUGAGGGUGCCCCCACCCUCAGGGACCCUCUGCCGCCGGGCUCUGGGGAGAGGAAGUAGUUAACCUUACCUCUUUCUCCAGCCCCGGGUGGGGAGCUCUCCUCCCUCUUCUCCUCCUCUUUGGCUGAAUGCGUAUGCACGGCAAGAGCCGCGCGCGCAUUCAGCCAGUCCAUAGGAAAGCAUUCACAGUGCUUUCCUAUGAACACUGGCGUCUUCUCACUGUGAUUUUCACAGUGAGAAGCACGCAAGCGCCUCUAGCGGCUGUCAAGAGACAGCCACUGGAGGCUGGAUUAACCCAUUUAUAAACAUAGCAGUUUCUUUGAAACUGCUAUGUUUAUAAAAAAAAAAAAAAAGGGGUUAACCCUAGCUGGACCUGGCACCCAGACCACUUCAUUAAGCUGAAGUGGUCUGGGUGCCUAUAGUGGUCCUUUAACUAUUCUGAUUCGGUGGGGACAUCAGACUCUCUGCAGGGUGUUUAAGUCUGGAAAUAUUUUGUUAGUUUGAGUGUGUCCCUACCGAACUGAACCGCUGCCCCAUCAGCAAGGGGUAAUACAACCAAACCUCGCUUUGGUUGCUUAGCUGAAAAAAAAAAGUUACAAAUAAUUUCUAUUGGGUUUAAACUGUAAAAGAAAUGUCAGGUGAUGCACAGAGGCACUUUUAGCAUUACUAAAAUACUAACUGUAUGCUUGGUGGAUAGUGCCAGCUCAGAGACAUUACUGAUGCCAUGACUAGCCAGUGCAAGCCUGGGCUGAAUUUUCACUUGCUAAUGGCGAGUGGACAUUUGAAGCCCUGACAUAGGAAUCCAAUCAAGAAAUAUAUGGGACUGGCCUCUCCAGUAAGCGUUAUCCAUAAGAUAUGGCAAUGCACAAUUGGGGUACUCCAAGCUUUAUCAGCAAACACUGCUAAUAAGAUUUAAACAUAGCUAGAAUGAAUGUGCCUUUCUCGUGUAUGUUUCAAUAAUAUACCACAUACAGCACAUGUAUUUUUGUUCCGUGUUGGAACCGUAUGUCGGCUAAUGUUGGGACUGCUUUAUCACAAUCCAUGCAUUGUAUGAUUUACUGAAUGAUAUCAUGCCAACAAAGCCCUCCAUCUGCCAGUGUCUGUUUCCAGCAUUUAGAUCUGAUAUAUCUCCUCUCUUUCUCAAGCUCCUCCUCUCCCAUGACCUCUUUACCACUGCCUUCCUAUCUCUAUCUCUUCCUAACUUCUUCACACUCUACCUUGCCCCCUCCAUUUUUCUCUUAUGAUUGCUUUGCAAGUUUGGAUUUUUUAACUUUUAGACUGUCCUUGUUCAAAAUAGAGUGUGUGUGUGUCCGUGUGUGUGUCCGUGUGUGUGCGCGCGUGCCAGAGGUAAACAAUGGGUUAUUUUGUUUCCCUACUAGGGUGAAAAGGCUUUGCAAGCAAUGCCAGCAGGAACCAAGCCAGCAAUCAUCACUGCUACACGUCCCAUCACCAAGAUGAUUGUCACACAGCCCAAAGGGAUGAGCUCAGCUGUCCAGCCGGCAACCAAAAUUAUACCCACCAAGAUAGUCUAUGGACAGCAGGGGAAAACACAGGUGUGGGUCCAACUACAGAUAUUCAGAAUCUCUGAAGCAUAUCUGGCAAAUUCAAAUUCCUGACUUUAACCAGCAGAGCAUGCAAAUUAAUUGUUUAACUUUUUAACUUUGUACAUAUACCCUCAAUGAAAGCAUGCAUAUAUAUAUUUUUUUUCUCUGCAUGUUUUCUUUGGGGGUAAAAAAAACAACAACAAAAAAAAGCUUGCAAAAGCCUUUGCAAGCCCUCCCUCUUCUGUCCUUGAGAAUGAACAGCCCCUCGCUUUCUGUCCUUGAGAAUGAACAGCCCUUUGCUUUCUGUCCUUGAGAAGCCUCAAGGUUGAAGCCACGAGCGUGCGUUUUUCAAUGCUUCUAAGCUCAUUGACAAGGCAGGCAUAGUUUAGCACCGCACGCCUGCCACCUCUGUUUGCGAUGUGGCCCUAACAGAAGUGUUAAAAAACCUCACUGGCUGUCUGAGUAAAAACUGGGAGUGUUUCUGCUUCCAGUUAUAAAAUGUAAGAAAGUGACAAAGCUGAAAUGCUUGGUGUUCGAUUUUUUUUUUUUUAUUAUUAUUUAUUUAUUUUUUUGAUUAUUAUGUAAAAAAAAAAUUUUCUCAGACAGCUCUUUUUUUAUACUUUUGUAUAUGAAUUGUGAAGUUAACAUCAGACACAUCUCUAAGUUCUCAUUAAACACCAGAUGAGAAGACUAGGUUGUCAUGAAUGUUUCCAGGCUGACUAUGACCUCAGUUCAGCUGCAGAUGUCGGAGUAUCAGUGCUGGAAUGAGGAAGGGGUGGGCCUGCUAUAGCUGUUUGAUUUCUUUAUGUAUGUCCUUUUGUUGUAGGUCCUUAUAAAACCCAAACCAGUUACAUUCCAGGCCACAGUAAUGAGUGAGCAAACCAGGCAACUGGUUACGGAAACUCUCCAACAGGCUUCACGCGUGGUAGAGGCAACGAGCGCCACCAUCCAGGAGGUGAAAGAAGAUACUGAAAGCAGCUCAUCUUCUACGGAGUCCUCACAGAGUUCCCAAGGUAUCACAGCCCAAUCUGUGUGUCAGACUUUCACUAGUGUAACCAUUUCUUUUCCAGUGAAGAAUCUUCAAGUAUUGGUUUCCAAUGUGAGUGCAUGCUUCCUGCACAGUAACUGGCAGCUAUUGCCUUAAAGGGACACUCCAAGCACCUGGUGAGCUAGUACAGGGAACCUACGGGUGACAUCCUGUCUUUUUUGAAGCAUCCCCUCUGCUAGGGAUGUAAUAAUGAGAAUGUUUCACUCAAUGCCAUGGGAUAGUUGGUACUUGUGCAUUACAUGAACCUGACUUCCCAUUGGCACGUUCAACACCAUAAGAUGUUAUGGUGCUUGUAGUAUUCCUUUAAGCAAAAUGGUUUGUGGUGACCGUCAGUGGUCUCCUCUGAUAUGCAAAAUAGUCAGUGUGUUGUAUUGUCUCCUUGUCAGACUCCCAGCCUGUGGUCCAUGUAAUUGCUUCUCGAGGUCAGGACUGGUCUGAACAUGAGAUCGCGAUGGACACUGGUCCUACUAUAAUAUACCAAGAUAUAGCUGGCGAAUCGCAGUCCGCCACAUCCACAAUUAAGGCUCUCAUGGAGCUUCAGCAGACUGCUGGUGAGUUAAAGGGGUUACUGGGGGAGGAGGGCAGUAUUCAGACGGCUUCACGUUGCAUUGCUUAAACCUAUUUCUUAUAGGAUAUAUGUGUAGCAGACUUACCUGUCAGAAUUCUUACCUCACUUUCUGUACCGAUUCAGUACUGUGAGAAGUGCGUACAAUGUCUAUUUGCAUUGUAUAAAUGCUAGUAAAGUGCUUGGUAAGAUUCUUUAAACGUUACUAAAUUUUUGGCAGAGCCUUCUUAUUAUUGGUAAUUCAAAGGGACAUUAUAGUCACCAAAACAACUUUAGUUUAAUGAAGCAGUAUAUGUGUAUAUAUCAUGCCUCUGAAGUUUGACUGCUCAAUUCUCUGCUAUUUAGUAGUUAAAUCACUUUUAUUUCUGUACAGGCAGCCCUUGCCACACCUCCCCUGAUUGUGGCCCACACAGCCUCCAUGAAAAAAAAAAUGGUUUAAUUUAUUAAUCAUAUAUUUAGAUAUAACUUACUUUAAAAGUUUUUAUCUCCUGCUCUGUAAAUUGAACUUUAAUUACGUACAGGAUGCCCCUGCAGUGUCUAGCAAGCUAUUAACAGAGCAGGAGAUACUAAGUCCUACUUUACAUUACAUUAAACAAAAUUGCAAUGAAGGACAUGUAAACAUUAGAAGACUCUUUACAGGAAGUCUUUAGGAAGGCUGUGUAAGUCACCUGCAGGGAGGUGUGCCUAAGUCUGCAUUGAAAGUGAUUUAACUCCUAAAUUGCAGUGAGACUGCAGGGACAUGAUCUAUACACCAAAAACUGCUUCAUUAAGUUAGUUGUUUUGGUGACUAUAGUGUCCCUUUUCUUAAAAAAUAUGAAAAAUAGUUUCAGCAAUGCAUUUUUGUUCCUGUUCCUGUAAUAAUUAGUUUGAAAACAUAUUGUGUUGCUGUAUGCAAUGAACACCCUCAGUCUUGGACAUAGUUGUACUUACCUGCAAUUAGGACGUGUGUUUUUGGUAUCACAUGAUUUCUUCCCCAUAGACUGAAAUAGUAGUGGUUUUACAUGAUCAGUGGGUUAGGACUUCAGAAUGUCUUGGCUGUGUACACGCUUGGUCCCAAUACAGUCUUUUCACUGCAAAAAGACAACAAAGAUUUGUUUGCUAAACUUGUUACAAACUCACCCGCCAUUCAUGUUAUGAAGCUGUAUAUGUGAUUGCACAAGUCUAAACUACAUUGUGUAAGAAAAAGGGUAGGCCUAUCCUUUUAUAGUUUGGCCUGCAUGUGAUACAUGAAAUUCUGCUUCUAUGGUUUUCUAAAGCAAUAAAGUCAUCGCUUCCCUCAUGUUGUAAGAGUGGGCUCACAAAGCAUGGGUAUUGUGUCGAAAAACCUUUUUAAACGUUACAGAAAACAUGCGAAUUUAGUGUAAACCUACUUACAUCUACAGCCAUAAAGGGGAUCCACCAUCCAAUAUGGAGAAACAGGAGGAAAGAGAUAUGUUAGGAUAUUUACAAGCAAUGCCUGUGUUUGCCGAGGAAGACAACACGCACAGAUUUGUAUAUUUUGUAUAUUUUAUUAGAAGUUAUGGGGUCACAAUUUAACUAUUAUAGCAGGGAUUCUAAACUCACUUGGGGGGCACUGGCCAAGUAAUCUUCUCCCAUAGGGGCCACUUGAACAAUCAUAAAAUUCCAAAAUACUUUCAGCUAUACACAGUCAUAGUCAGUGCCGACUGCGUGUGGGAGGCGGUAUCACGACAAUGUGUGAUAUGUGUUUUGCAUGGGUGAGGAAGGCUGCAUGUGUUUUGACUUCAGCUUUUUCACACCUUUUAUUAUAAGAUUUAAAAAAAAAUGUUUGUGGUUUGGUUGGGAGGGUGCAGUUCACUUUCUAUCAGACACUCUUAACACAGGACCAGGCGGGGUUGCAGACAGUGACGUGCAGAUCACUGGCUCGCUCUUUGUAAGGAGCUGGUAAGGGAGAUCUUUCGAUUUCAAUAUAGGUCCAUGGAGUGUCACUGUUGUUUCAGGCCGCAUCGCUGUUGUUUCAGGCCUCAGUAAUGCAUUAGGGUUUCCAAUCAUUGAAGUUAUGCAUUUGUAAUUUUGUUGAGCCAGCGUCUCCCAUUAGAGUCCAUUAGUAAAUACUUCCUUGAACAAUAUAUUUUGGGGUUUGUAUGCAUAUCAAGGUAUAUUUUGCAUAUAUGGCGAAAACAUAACGAACAUAUUUAAGCAUAUGGUCUGUUCAAUUUAAAUACCAAAGCUUUAUUUAUGCAUGAUAUUGCAUGGUAAUGUUAGCAGGACAUUAGGGCAGCCAUAUUGAUAAAGGCUCACCAAGAACAACCUGCUGGGACAUUCAUAUUAUUUCCAUAGAGAUUGCUUCUCCGCUAGCGCUCGACUCUAGGAUUGAUGAGAAUAACACUCUUUGUGUUUUGCCCACUAUUCCAACAGUUGUUUGAUAAAAUAUUCUAUCUCUGCGUGCAGUCUGCUCUGCUUUAUGCAUAUUGUACACGAGAGAGGUGUUUUUUUUUAAAAUACAUUCCUUUCUCUGGGUUGGAAGAUACAGGUAAACUCCUUUCCACUCACCAUCCCAUCCUGUGACAAUACCAAAUACCAGACAAACCCCCUGAACCCUUCACAAGCUGAGCCCAGUGAUCAUUAUUAGAUAUCAUAAUGUUGUUCUUUACACUGUUUACAGUACUGAUGGUGCUUUCCAUCGUUUUAGUGUCUAAUAAUCCAGUUUCAUAGGGUAUCAAAUAUACAGGAAUUACGUCCUGUGACCUGGUUAGCAUUUCCAUUGAGUGAUGCUAUACUGGAGCAGAGCAGCUCAGGGUAGUAAUUAUACUGUCACGAGUCUCUGUUCUCUUUCCUAGUUUGAUUAAACCACUUGGAAGAGUUUUGAGAAAAAUUAAGGUUUUCCCGUCACCCAAAAAUCCUACCCUCUUCAUCCGACGUAAUGCAUAAUCUAAAGUUACUUGUUAUUAGAAUGACUUCAGUCCACCUCACCCCAUGACACUUUCAGCCUUUCACUGCCUUCCCAUGUAGAUUUGGCAACACUGUGGAAGGUUUCUCCCUUAUUGGUCCUCGUUAAGUCCGUACAGUUGGAAUGUUGCCGGGUGGAAGUCAUCGUAGGAUUUAUUGGAGUUAGCGUUGACCACCUUCAGAGAUUACUGCUUUGAUUUCAUAUCACUGCCGUCCGGGUUGAAUGGAAUUGAUAAUGCAGAAGUGUUAAUUACUCAUUAUUAAAGGGAUUUGUGUAUUUUCAAACAUUGCGAGGGUGACUUUUUUCUUGGUGUACGGCGGUCUGGGAGAGAAGGUGACAAGGGAAAUACUUGCACAUAGUCAUGAGUGCCUCCAUCUCCCUUAUAGAUUCUGCCAAUGGCGGGCAAUUAUUCAGUUAGGAGCUUCAGUCACUCAGCCUGUGGGUUGCUCUAUAGAAUGUCACAGAUGCUUUUUCUUAGUGACGGCUGCUUGGAAAAUGAUAAAUGUUUUGGUGCUAAUUGUUAAUGAAUUCCUUAUUAAAGAAACGCUAGAACACUAUAGUGUCAGGAAUACCAAAUUGUAGUCCUGUUAUGGCCAAGACAUAGGGACAGAUUAUACACACUAGAACUACUACAUUAAGGUGUAGGGGUUCCGGUGACUGUAGUAUCCCUUUAAUCUAAACACGCAGGGGAUAUCGGUUUUGUUGAAGAUGUGAAAGCUGAUAAGAGUUUCAUCAAACACAAACUAAAAAACUAUAAUUCUAUUUUGUCUGCAAAAUGCAUUGUGUGUGUGUGUUCUAUCUGUACUACCAUCCUUCCUAUAUCUUAUAGUAGCAUAUUCAGUCUUAAAUGGAUUGAGAUCUUCUGUUGUGCAUAGUGAAACUGAAUAUAUACAGUGUGCUAGUGAACCUGCCAGCUUAGGUCAGGGGGUUUUAUUCUUACCUAAGUAUGGAUUAGAGUUGUUCAGUAGGAUCUCAAAAAGUCUGUCAUGUAACAGAAUGUCUAGAUGCUCCGUAGAUAUUAUACGAAUACACUCAUGCGUCCCGACCCGUUUUGUUUCCCCCACUAAGGGCUAACUGGACAGGGUCUGUGGUUGAAGAAUGGUUUUAGUAAGAGCUUUUUCUGUUGAGAUGAUGAUUUUUGUUUUAGAGUAAUGGUGAUUACUGGUUCUGAGACAAAUAUCUGGGAUGCCAUGGGUAGCCAAGGCUGGGCUGAUCUAUUGAGCAGAUUUAGAGGAUGUUUAAAUAUCACCUCUGUGCUCAGUGGCUCUUUUUAAAAUGAGUCCUUUUGUUCUUCAGUGAAAGAGAAAGUGGAAUCUAGAACCCGUCAACCAACCAUAGACCUGAGUCAGAUGGCUGUUCCCAUCCAGAGGGCCUCAGAUAAGCGGCAGGUCCAAAGUGCUUCAUUUGCUGUGGUGGAGUCAGAGUUGGUUGCAGAAUACAUAAGCACAGGUAAAAGGGGACUUUGCCAGACCAGUGACAGAUGUUUCAGUACUGGAGGGAAGAGAGAUCCUUGUAGAUCAGCAAUGGCAAACAUAGGCACCCCAGAUUUUUUCGAUUUAAAAUUUCCUUGCUGCACGUCAUGGGAGAUGUUUCUUAGAAAGGAAGAGAAGCACACUCCAGUGAGACAUUGAUGCAGCGUUGCCUGUAGUGCUGUGGGUAGAGCAGCCUAAAACUGGGUCAAGGGCCGAGAUAUCCAGUUUUCAGUGACUUUCACCAUACAAAAUCCCGACCUCUCUGGGACGAUUCUUAUUGUCCACGUAUACACCGUAUCUCCCCUCGUUGAUGGUCCAAUGUUUUAUCCCAGAAGUGUCAGGAGGAUAAGUGAAUACUUGGGUAGGUUUUUCUGCAUUUCACACAACUAUUCAGGCUUAAAAUAAAGGUAAAAUAUAAAUGUAACAAUUUACAACAGAGUGUGACAAACACAUUAAGUACCAAUUCAUAGCCUACGAUAGUAUUUUCAGAAACAGAGAAAACUUGCAGGCUCCAAGAAAACUGUUUCCUGAAACACCAGUUAGACAAUCCAGGUGUGUCUAAGGACUUAACCCUAAAUCGUAAAUACCAAUAUACAAACAUGCACUUAAUCCACACAAUGUAGGUAAGUGCCAAUCUGGAAAUGAGGUAAGUAUUCUAACAAAUAUAGUAAAUACUCAAUAUAUAUAUAAAGACAUAGAGCAGGGUACAGAUCAGUGAAAAACUUACAUAUAAAUAUAUAUCCACUAGCAUUAUAAGGCUACUCCAAUAUCAAAUAAAUAACUCUACACAGGGUUAUAUCUUAACCCUUUAUGAUGCUUCGAGUCAGAAGGCUUUAUUGUGCAGGCCUAUAAAGUUUAUAUAUACCUACGUAUAUAUCAAUCCGUUACCCCACUAAAAUAGUUAUAAAGGGAACCCGGGUUGAGAUGGUUAAAUUGUCUCUGUGCAUAGGAGAGUUACUGAAAUGUAACCAGUGCAUUGCUGGCAAGUAUUGCUUAGAUCCUCUAUAUAAUACAUAAUAGGAGGAUAUCAAAAUGGCAAUAGGUAAGAGUAGUUAGUGAAGGAAUAGCAGUAGACCUCUCUCCCUGGUAAUCUAACUAAGAAAGUCAGAUAAAGGAGUCAGAAAAAAUGAAUAGUGAAAUUUAACAGAUAAUGUCUAUGUACACCUAGACCUCACCAAGUGAUAAGUGCCAAAAGGAUCAAAAACCCAACGCACGUUUCGAUGCAUUCAUGUGUGCACCUUCGUCAGGGGAAAAAGUAGCACGGAGUAUAAUUUUCCUUAUAAAGGUGUAGCCCACGUGGGGAGUCUCAUUAAUAGCCAAUCGCACAUACCCACAUGGUGAGGGGGGCAUGCACUUUAUUUUAGUUAUGUAAUUGCUCAUAUAUGCUUCCUCCCCUCCCAGUCCUGUCAAUCAAUCCUGCCAGUAUGAAGGGUAAUUCUGAAAAGUCUCAUUUUAAAUGCAAGUUUGUUCCGAAUGUGAUUACCAUGCACUCAGCCAGUCCCUCUGUCUUUACCGUGCACUCAGCCAGUCCCUCUGUCUUUACCGUGCACUCAGCCAGUCCCUCUGUCAUUACCGCUCACUCAGCCAGUCCCUCUGUCAUUACCGCGCACUCAGCCAGUCCCUCUGUCAUUACCGCGCACUCAGCCAGUCCCUCUGUCAUUACCGCGCACUCAGCCAGUCCCUCUGUCAUUACCGCGCACUCAGCCAGUCCCUCUGUCAUUACCGCGCACUCAGCCAGUCCCUCUGUCAUUACCGCGUACUCAGCCAGUCCCUCUGUCAUUACCGUGCACUCAGCCAGUCCCUCUGUCAUUACCGUGCACUCAGCCAGUCCCUCUGUCAUUACCGUGCACUCAGCCAGUCCCUCUGUCAUUACCAUGCACUCAGCCAGUCCCUCUGUCAUUACCGUGCACUCAGCCAGUCCCUCUGUCAUUACCGUGCACUCAGCCAGUCCCUCUGUCAUUACCGUGCACUCAGCCAGUCCCUCUGUCAUUACCGUGCACUCAGCCAGUUCCUCUGUCAUUACCGCACACUCAGCGAGUCCCUCUGUCAUUACCAUGCACUCAGCCAGUCCCUCUGUCAUUACCAUGCACUCAGCCAGUCCCUCUGUCAUUACCAUGCACUCAGCCAGUCUCUCUGUGAUUACCGCGCACUCAGCCAGUCUCUCUGCGAUUACCGCGCACUCAGCCAGUCUCUCUGCGAUUACCGCGCACUCAGCCAGUCUCUCUGCGAUUACCGCGCACUCAGCCAGUCUCUCUGCGAUUACCGCGCACUCAGCCAGUCCCUCUGCGAUUACCGCGCACUCAGCCAAUCCCUCUGCGAUUACCGCGCACUCAGCCAAUCCCUCUGCGAUUGCCGCAUGCUCAGCCGUUCCCUCUGUGAUAUUGGGGAGAUCUCUGCGGCAACCCAGACAGAAAUACUAGAUAAUUUAAUUUGCAAGCCCUAUGUUUGACCCUGUAACUUUUCAAACCCGUAAAACCUGUACAAGGGGGAAUACUGUUCUUUUCUUCAGACAUCACUGAACACAAAUAUGAGUGUGUUAAAGCAGUAAAAAGUAUAAUGACGAUAUUGGUAAAAGUGCAGUUUUUGUGUGAAAAAUGCAAAAAACCAACAUGAACACUAACUUUGGCUCGGGUCUGUGACCAAGUGCCUACUAAAGAUUGGAAAUACCCCAUUUUGAAUACCCUGGGUGGUCUACUUUUGCAAAUGGUGUGCCAUGAUUGGGGUAAUUCUCAUUCCUGGGCUGCCAAAAGUUCAAUGCUUAAAAACUGAAAUGGGCAAGCCCUAUACUUGACCCCUAACUUUUCAAAACCCCAUGAAGCCUGUACAUUGAGGGGCAUCGUUGUACUCAUGGAACAUCACAGCAAACAAAUAUGUGUUUUAUUGCAUUAAAAGUCAACAGUAUUAUGACAUUCACAGUUAAAAUGCUGUGCAGAACUUAAAAUAAACAUUUCUCACAUUUGUGUGUGUAUAUGUAUAUAUAUAUAUAUAUAUAUAUAUAUAUAUAUAUAAUAUAUGCCCCAUUUCUUCUGAACAAAAUGAUACAUAAGUGUGGGUGCAGUCAAUAUGAAAGAGGAAAAUUAUGGUUGAACAAACGUAUAGCUCAAAUUCUAGGGGUUUUUUUUGGUUCAGAACUUGGACAAUUGCUUCUGUCCUUAAAGGGACAUUAUAGUCACCCAGACCAUAAUAAACUAAUAAUCACACCGCACUAUUCAUUGGAAACUAAAAGUGAAUUCAAAAUAAAUUGUACAUUUUUAAAAAGUCAACUCAUUUCAACAAUUUUUGGCUAUUUUGAAAUUCACUUUGAACCCCCUGACAAUUCCUUCUUCGUGAAUAAAUCUGUUAGUAUCUGUUAAUGCAUUUUUUUUUCUUUUAUUGAACCAACAGAAUUUUCGGUCAACAAGCUUUUGGGAGAUAAUCUCUUUAUCGGUUCUAAAGCAUUUCUGAACAAAAUGUGUCAUUACCUUUUGGCAAUCAUUCAGAGAGUACAUGGUUUUUAUGCUGAUCUCCUGUAUUAUGUAGUUUUGUCUGUCUUGUAUUCUGUCUCUUCUGUUGGCUAUUACCAUGACACCCUUUAUUGUAAAUUAGUUAAAAUGUUUUCAGUCUUUCAGUUGUAUCACCGGGGACUACGUAUCCCAGCAUAUAGCCCAAAGUGUUUGCCCAGUGACCCAGCCUUCAGUAGCUUGAAUUAACAGUUCACAUUGAAGAGGCGCAUUUUGAAUGAUUAGACUGGGCCUAAUAUCCAUUAUUGUAUUGUUUAAAGGUAAAGCGCGUCAGGUGGCUUCAACCAACACUGUGAGCUCUGGAGAUGUGCCACUCACCUCCCUUCUCCAAGUGAGUCACUCAUCCCAACACCACCACCACCACCAACUGCAGCCGUCACAGCCCACCCGCACCUUACUGCAGCAUGUAUCUCAGUCACAGACUGCUGCACAGACGUCCGUGGUUGUGAAGUCUAUCCCUACGUCAUCCAGUGGAGCCAUCACUCACAUCAUGCAUCAGGUAUCUCACUGCUUCCUCUAUGAAUAUCUUUUAUAAAAAUUUUUGUCUUCUUUGCCUCCUUAGACAUUCUUGGCAGCACACGUUUGUUAUUCAAGUUGGAUACUGAACGCACUCAUAGAUUGUCCCAUUGUUUCAUGGAUGGAAAGUGUGAUCAAACAUGGAAUUCUGCUCGUAGCCGCUGUUACCUUUUAACCAUCAAAACCUCUUGUUUACUAAACACUGAUUUGUAGUUUAAUUGCAAUUUUUUGGCUAAAGUAACCACUCUGUGGCUACAGCUGGCUCGUGGUGUUGGAGGAGUUUCUAUUUCUGGCUUCAAUUGAUUACCCAUUGAUGUUUGGUCAAUAAACCAUUAUAUGUUUGUUUCUUUAAGCAGAUACAUAAUGCAGGAUACUGUUUUAGUUAAUUGACGGUUUUCAUGUAAACUGUCUGUGGCAUAAUCGGAAUAAGCAGAAUGUUUAUUAGCCAAGUUGGUCAGCCUUAUAACCUCCCCUGUUGCCCCAAAAGAAGACCAUAAUCCCUUCUUUAUGUCUAGCCCCGACUUGGCUAGGUAGGUAACAUUAACCUGUAGAAUCUAAACUGAUUUUGUUUUUUGUUUUUUGUCAAUCACUUUGCUGUACUCACAACUCGUGAUUGGCAAAGCUCCUCGGUGGCUAGCAUGCAGGAGGUGACGUCAUAUUUCCUGCUACAGUGCGUGGGGCCAUGGUAUGACAUUGCUGGCUCUGUUCCCUGUUAGCCUAGUGUGUUGACAACUCCUCUUGCUCUCAUGUCAGAAUAGAUAGUUCCAUAAGGUUUAAACUGUAACUGAAAAAAUCAAGGAGCAAUGGAUUCAUACCUAAAAUGUUACUGCUGGCAACAUGUUGUGUUCAGUAGCUUUAGUGCUGCCCUUCUUCUAGACCUGUGGUUCCAAAGCUUUUAUGGUUUCAAUAUUUUUCUAAGGCACCCCAAGUCAAAAACAUUUCUAGGUUGUAUACAUGUACAGCGCUGCGUCAUAUACUGGGCCCCUGUUAAGCAGAAAUGUUUCCCUGUCAGGGGCGCAUCCAGAACCUAAUCUUGGGAGGGGCACUGGUAGAUUAUUUAUUUAAAGAAAGAAUCCUGGCACAAUAACCACUACAGUACACUGUAGUGGUUAUUGUGCCAGGAGCGCAGUGGUGCCCUCCCAGGGUAAGUAGUCAAACAGUCAAAGUGCUUUGUGUUUGUUUCUAUAUAUAUUUAGGUAAUGAUGAUUGGCUUUAAUGAUUUCAUUUAUUUAAUUUGCAGCCUUUUGCUAACAUUGUCUCACAGGCAUUAAGCAGCCACACGGCUUUUGCCAAGCGAACGGAGGAGACGGUCACGGAGGAAGGAGAAGUUGAAGAAAUGGACACUUUAGACCCUCAGACUGGCUUGUUCUAUAGAGCCGCCUUAGCCCAGAAGCAGCAGAAGCAGAUUCACCUGCACCAGGAGGGAGCCCAUCUGCAGGUGAAGACUGUGCAGUCCUUGCAGACUAAACAAAAGCAGAUUAUCCAGCUGCAACCAGAACAGAUCCAGCAUAAGAUCCAACAAACUGCGCAGCUAUCCAUACGGCAGCAGAAGAUCACACCCCUGCAACAGGAACAUGUGCAACAGCGCCACAUGCUGGUCAAGGAGAGGCACAUACCUUCCCUAGUGUCUCAGCCCCAGCAGACUGUAGUACAGGUUUUGGCUGUGAAAACUACCCAGCAAUUGCCAAAACUGCAGCAGAUACAAGGCCAGCAGAAGAUAUACAUGCAGUCUCAGCUGUCCCAGACUCCGAUGCAGCUGCCGGUGUCAUCCGAGAAGACAUCUAUAACCCAGGUAAACAUAAUUAUUACAGAGCCUCAGCUGACAACCAAGCAUUGAGCUUGCGCUGGCUUUUCCUGUGCUGCUUAACCAAUUUGUUGACUGGCUAAGCAUCAUGGGUAAUUACCUUAUAGCAACUCUGUGUCGAGGAUUAACACAUUAGGCCACAGCUUAUCCAGCUUUAUCUCCGGCUACUACUAGGCCUUAACAAAUAAAAGAGCAGAGUUGGUUUACUUCUAGCUCAGCUGAAUAGAAGUCAUUAAAGAAACUCUAUAGUGUCAGGAACACAAACCUGUAUUCCUGACCAUAUAAUGCUGGUGUGGCCGUUUAGGUCCCCGGCACUCCUGUAAGAACAGUGAGAAGGUGUUUCAAUUCCCCUUUUCUCUCACGUUUUUACUGUGGCUGGCCACCUUUGCUCCGCCUUAUUGGUUGAGAUCGAUGAUUGAGCAUGCACUACAAAACGCCACGCCGCGCCAACGAGCAUCUCCUUAGAGGCGCAUUGAAUCAAUGCAUCGCUAUGGGGAACGUUCAGCACCUCCAUGCAGAGCGUGGAGACGCUGAACGCCAUUGCUACACACUGUGCAGCACUGACCCAGGAAGCACCUCUAGUGACUACCACUAGAGGUGUUACUAGGCAACAAUAUUAACAAUAAAAAGCCUGCAGGGACUUUAAGCUGCAGUUGUUCUGGUGACUAUAGUGUCCCAUUAAACGGGAACUGUCACAUAACACCAUUUCUGAGAAAACUGAUGGAAUUUGCUACGACCGAAACAGUAAUUUUUUUUAUUUUUUUUUAUCGCCAUUUAACCAAAAUAAUGACCGUUACUUCGAUAUAAAUAAUUUUUUGUUCAAUUUCUCCUCUUAUCUAAAUGCUUUCUAUUAACGGACUGCCAGAUUUAAAGGGCAGAGCUUAUAAUAAUGAUGGUCAUGGAGCUAAGAUGGAGGCGCCCACUUGCAUGGGAAUGAUGCAUGUUUGUUAAAUUUAGGGGGUAGGUAAACAUGUCAUUAAAGAAUCCUAGGAAGUGACCUCAAAAAAAAGGAAAGUAUUCUGUUUCAGCAAAUACGAAGACCAGAUAACAUCAGUUACAGGGCGUUCCUUUCAGUGAGGAAGACUAUAUUAAAAGCAUUGUCUCCACAUACUUAGUGUUCUAUUAAAGUGGUGUUGGCUUAUUUGGGUUUAGCUCAUUGUUUCCUUAUUCUGAAUCCUAAUGGCUUUAAAUUUUAUUUAUUUUUUGUCUGUAGGUCCCGCAUACCAUAGUUUCACAGGGAUCGGCUGUUACCAAGAUCACCUUUGAAGGACAUCAACCUCCCACAGUUUCUAAGGCCACAAUCAGCGAGUGUUUGCCAAAACUCACUCCCGCAGUUGCCAGCCUCCUGCCCCCUUCUUCAGUGACAGAGAAGGCCUCUGUAGCAGACAUAUUGAAGAUGUCUAUGAUGGAGGCAGAUAUAGACACGAACGUGGAACCCAUGAUUAUUGAUCCUCCGAGCAAAGUUACGCCCAUUAUCAAACCCAUGCCAGUAUUAACAGAAGCAACCAUACCCACCCAGGUAGCACGGCUGCCAGUUUCAAGUACUGUGACGUCUACAGUGCCACCACCUCCUAAAUGUUUUCCAGCCCCUAUAAUCACAGCAACGCCUCCAUCUGCUCUUCCAGUUCCUUUACCUCCACCACCUCCACUGACCAGGAAAGUCGACGUGCCGGUUACCAGCCAGAUCAUCCAGAUACAGAAUGUCCCCCAAAAGAGAGCUGAAGACGUGCCUUCUGAGAUUAUCAUACAGGUAAUGAUCGCAGCGGUUCCAAGCCAUGCCAUUUUUCUUAAUUCUAGGGAUUUUUUAGAGAUAAUUAUUUUCGUGGGUAUUUUAGAUUUGUGACCUCCUGCCACAGAGUGCUGGCAGUUUCUCAUGGAGAGAGAAUGCAGUACUUAUGAAAUAUCAAGCACCAUAGCCACUUCAAAUCACUGAUGCUUGGAGUGACCCUUUAAGGGGGUGUGCCUGCUAUUGUGCGAUGCAAUGAUCACAAUUUUUUAAAAAUUUUUGCAUUGGUACACCGUUUACGUGUGGUUUCCUGGCAUUAACUUAUUUAAACACACAAUCUGUCAAAUUCGGGCUCGCUCCUGAAAUUUUCUAACUGGCAAUAGUCGGGAUCACCUGACUGCAACUUGAAGAAAGCCUUUAUCUCUUGGCUGUUUCUUAUAUUUUUAAGUGUGAUCAUUGAGCGAGGCUGAACAUAAAGCAUGAUCAGACUGUGGGAGCUCUGUGGCAGGAUAUAUAUUACUCACUGUAGUUACCAAGAGUUCCGAAAGUGGCAGAGAUCAUGGGAUCUGUAAACAGCCAUCCCAUAAUGCACAAAAUGAACUCCCAAUCUGUGAGACCGAGUAUGCCAGAAAGGGACAUGUAACGUCAUAGUUAGUUGUGUUUUUUUAUUUUAGUUGUUUUGUUUUUUUAAUUGAUAGAGAUAGAAAUAUAGAUAAAUACUUUUAUUGUUAUUUUUUUUUUUUGACAGGACAAUUUUUUUAAAGUGAGAACAUUUUCCUUUCUACUAUUGUAAUCAUUCACUGUAUUAAUCACCACGCACACAGCACAGCUCGGAACGCUAUGCACAGAGCCAAGAACUGCGAUGUGGGCGUGGCCUGCAAGUUGACAAUACUGACUGGAAAAGUUUGAGCCAGGCUUUCCCAUAUAAUUCCAGUAGCAAGGGUUUAUUAACAAAAUAGACAUUUUAGAUUACUAGCCCCUAAAACACCAAGCUGGAGUGCAUCAGGCUUUGGUUUUCUAUCAGCCGUUAAACCACAACUACCGCAAUUCUCACUGUAUAGCAGUCACCGUAUAGCAGUGGGUGCAGCAUGGAGACCUGGUUUAAAGAGCUUAUUCUGAUUGGAGAGAUUUAACCUUAUGAAAGAAACCCUUACAAUAUCUAGAGCUGAUCUAUUAUUUCUACAUAUUAAAUACGAAAUUACUAAAUGUCAACCACCCACUUUAAUAAGCUCUAACCUAUCAGUAUGUUAUAUGAAGACCCAUAGUAAAAAUUUCUGACAUUUAAAAGUGUGUUUGUAGGAUAAUCUGAGAGCGAGAGAUUAGUCUGUUUCUAUGUCAGGGAAACCUGUACAGUUGAUGAGGUUUUUGAAGUCAGCUAUAAGAAUGCACUUUGGAAUAUAACUUGUAAUUGUGUCAAAAGGCCACUGUUUAGAACCGCAAUUGAUGUAGAAAUAAGUAGUGUUAUGCCAUCAUAGGUCCACAGUCUUUCUGUUUUCCUCCAAACUUUCAGACUAUACCUCAGUAUCCCAUCCCUUGUCACUCCAGCUCCAAUGUGGUGGUGGAACCCAGUGGGCUACUGGAGAUGAAUAAUUUUACCAGCCAGAGGCUUGGAGAUGAAGAGACAGUCAUUGUCCAGGACGGAGACAGCAGCGUGGAGGAGAGAAGCAAGUGCAACCCACCUCUCAGUAUUGACCAUGUGUAGUUCCUCUGCUAAUAGAGAACAUCUGAUAGCCUUGCUGUCUUCACAGAAUGAAAAACCUGAAGAUGUUUUCAAAACCUAAUGAACUGCUGAACAUUGAGUUACCCCAGAAUGUUUAUGGACGAUGAAUUAUAAAAUCUAAGCAAGGCCAAAAAGUUGGGAACUAGGUUUCCACCUUUUCAACCUCAUUUUGCUGUGUAUUCUUUUAAAAUGGUGCCGAAACGUUUCAAAAUGGUAAAGGAAGAGGGAUAUCAUCUUUUAUUUUUUCUUCAUUUUUACAGAUAAAAGUGCUUAUGACCUGGCCCCCAUGCUAAUGGCCUAUUAAAAAGACGCUGGCUGGAUCGUUAUAGAAAUCAUGAUACAAUUGGGCUCCCAGGGCCUUUGUUAUAUUUGGAAAUACUUUUCAAUUGGAUCAGAUCAAUCAACAGAGUACUGACAUGUCAACGAAUUGUGGAGAAUUCCACAACUCGAAAUGCAUUAAGACGCCAAUAACUUAUUUAAAAUGAAAAUUAGCAAGGUGUGUUCAUAGGCACCAAUUGCUUCCCUUAAAUUAGGACAAUUUAAUCGUGCUGAUUGGAAGGAGCUCUGUGAAAUGUAACUCUCUAACCCUACAUGACAUGCUGAACAUGUCCAGAAUUUAAAGCCGCAUGACGCUUGCAUCUCCGACCACAGGACGGUAUCUAACCUUCAUUUGUUUAUUACAUUUUUGCAGGUGAAUAUACCAGCUAGAUGUUGAUUGUCCACAGCAUUCCUGUUUUCCCAUUAGCUUCCUUGUAGCAAGCCCAAGUGAUGGAGUUAUUCCCUUGAUACCUGCACUUUUAUUUUUUAGGCGUAUUUUUGUUUUGUCUUUGGUUUUCUACGUUUGUUGUUCUGGUCUUCACGUUUACCAUUAAUUUGCUGAGAUGUAGGUGUUUAAGUUGCAGCUGCAAUACAUUUUUUUACGAACAUGCAAAUAGGAAAGUUUCGAUCCAUUCUAUAUCGUGAUAGAUGGAUUAAUUCAUUGGAACUCAGAGUACACCGUCCGUCCAGUUAUAUUAUCUGGUGUCUGUGCAAAGUCUUCUAAGUGCUCUCGUUGGAUCUUUUUUUUUUUUUCUGCCUCUCAGCUGUGACAUAAUGCACAAGGUGUUAUAUUUUCAACAUUAGCGCUUGUGUCCAAAAUAUAUUUUUGAAUUUUUUUACUAAUGGUUAUAUGACAGUCUCCAUUAUUGAAGGUUAAUAUUUUUUUCUCUCUCCAUGAACUGGGCUCAUGUGAUUGUCAGAAUACGCUUUGGAAUGUGCAGACAUGCAUCUUACGACAUACGUGUUGUACAUCAGGUUAUAUUUUUAUGGAACUAAGAUCCGGAAUACUUUCAAUAAAGCCUGAUGGACUUUUAAAGAAAAAUAGAUCUCUCUAGAGCAGUGUUCCCUCUAACGGCUACAUUUUGAGUGACCCAGCUCUGAAACCAUUAUGCAAAGAAUUGCAAUCAGCUCCUGCAGUUUGCAUUGGAUUUCUGCUCGAGAGUUGCUUGUAAAACCUAUUUUCUUUGCUAUUUCAGCUCUGACCUGCUCACAAGCCUCCUUAGAGGGAACACUAAUUAGGACGUGGUAAAUAAAAAUACAUGCGCCCAAAAUGUAUUUACUGUUUGCCGGCUAGUGGUCUUUUUUUUCAACCUAUAUAUGUAUCUAUGUAUAUAGUUCUGUGUUUGUUUCUUUUCUCACAGAAAUGUUACAAUUGGAUUUUCUUCCAUUUUAUGGCAAAGGUAUUUAUUUGGAUGGGGUUUCUUUUAGACUCUUAAUAAAAAUGGUAAAACGUUUGAUGAAAUCCAUCUUAAUAAGAUUAAAUAAUUCAUGGCCCUAUGUUUUAUGCAUUUUAUGUGCAUAGUUGAAGAGCCAGUAAGUCUAGAGUGGCCAUAAGUAUCCCUCUUCUUGUAAAAAUAAAAUAAAAUAAACUACCACCAUGCUCUGCUAGAGUUCAUAUUGACUAUAUCUGUGGCUGGCAAUAACCGUAGGAGAUACAGUUGUACAGCCACUCGGGGGCCAUCAUUUAGUCGUGCCUUACUUAGAACCAUUGUAUAAACCUUUAUAGUGCUUUAUCAUUAUUUAGCUCGUACUUUCCCUUAAAGUGGUACCGUCAUGUUUUUUUUUUCUUUCCUUAUGCCCUUUAUAUUUUAAUGGUUGUGCUUAGCUUGCUACUUAAAGCUCCUAUUUAUGUAUAUUUAUAACCUUGAAGGACCACUAUAGUGCCAGGAAAACAUACUAUAGUGACCUGAGGGUGCCCCCACCCUCAGGGACCCCCUCCCGCCGGGCUGGAUGGCGAGGAAAGGGGUUAAACUUACCUUUUUUCCAGUGCCGGGCGGGGAGCUCUCCGCCGCCUCUCCUCCUCCUCCUCCUCUUCGUCUGAAUGCGCAUGCGCGGCAGGAGCUGCGCGCGCAUUCAGCCAGUCCAAAGGAAAGCAUUCAUAAUGCUUUCCUAUGGACGCUGGGGUCUUCUCACUGUGAUUUUCACAGUGAGAAGCACGCAAACGCCUCUAGCGGCUGUCAAGAGGCAGCCGCUAGAGACUUUAGAGGCUGGAUUAACCUUCAGUGUAAACAUAUCAGUUUCUCUGAAACUGCUAUGUUUAUAAAAAAAGGGUAUCCUAGAGGGACCUGGCACCCAGACCACUUCAUUAAGCUGAAGUGGUCUGGUUGCCUAGAGUGGUCCUUUAAAGGGGGACUUAAGUAACAAAAACAGAUUAAAUUGGAAACAUUGCAUGCCAAGUGACAGUGCUGCUUUAAGAAACUUUAUGUGGAGAAGAGAUGUCCAUGAUGGCUUGAGAAAGGCUCUUGUGUGAGCCAAAACAUUGCCAUUCCAUCUGUUCUCUACAUUUGGUAUAUUUCCCUGGUUUGUGUUGCUCCACAGUGUGGAUCUUCUAAUGAAAAGUAAUAUGUUCGAAAACACAAUACGACCAUUGACCGAUUUCCAUGGGAGCCAACAAUCAAUCAUUUUAUGUGAUUUCCUGACCUAAUAGAGUUCAAUAUUGAAAGUGUCAAUUUUCGUAACCACUUGUUUUGUAUUUUAUCCAGCAGUUUUGGAAGACCCUCCAAUUCCUAUAAUUUUAUUUUAUUUUUUUUACCAGCCAUGCCACAGCACCUUCCAUCAGUUAGUUAGGUCUUUCCCUGGGGCAGGGGAUGUUUGGCCUUUCAGCUGCUGGUUCUGGGGCCAGGCUAAGCAUGCUGGCAAAUGUAGUCCAUGACUGGCAGCACAUUGUGACAAUGCCAAGCCUGUUCUUGGGCAUAUUGACUCUUCAUCCCCAAGAUUUCUUGUUUUUUUGCCGCUCUGCACAUUCCAAAGACAAAAAUAAAAAAAAUUAAGUAGUUUUUUUCUCCCUCUUUCUUUGCAAAUGAAUGAAAAUAAAAUACCUUGAUAUUGUUUGUCAAAAAACAAACAAAACAAAAAAAAAACCAUACGUUCCCAUUUGACGUUUAAUGAAUGAAAUGUUCAAGUUAAAGAUCUAGGCUGAAAGAGCUAAACAAUUUUUUCAAAAUAUUUUUUAUUUUUUCACUACUUCUACUCCUUUGUGUGAAUGCUUACUCACUUUAAGCACCAUAACCAUUUUAAUCUUAUUGAAAUAGUUAUGCUGCCAUGAGUCCCUUGGUACCAGAGUCCAAAAAAGAAAAUGUCUGUAGGUAACGUCAGUCCUUAACAUCGCAUUUCAAAUACAGCAUUAACAUUUCUUCAUCCCUAAAGUUGAUGGGGGGGGGCAAACAAAAAAAAUAACAAAAAAAAAUGUUUUGGUUAUGAAUUUUUUUUUUUUUUUUUUUCCUGAAGGAGGAAUAUUUAAUGCCUUUUUUUAACUUGCUUGUUUGUAUAUAGCUGCCGUUUUUACAACUGUUUUGUACAGAUAUUCGAAAUAAUGUUUUCAUGACAAAUCACUAAGCUUUAUUUGUAAAUACUUUGUACAGUGAUGCUACAGCUUUGUGCAGUUGUAGUUGUUUUUUUGUACCCAUAUUCUGGGCUGUGCGUGUAACAUUUUGUGUAUUUCACAAGUCUUUUGACAAACUUAAUAUGUUCUGAAACAGGACAUAGCACUUUGGUGUAACGUGUGGCACUGCCGAUAAGUCUGGUUCCAGGAAAUGUUGUAUAAUUGGUAUGUUUUACUGAACACCUACAUUUAUUGGUAGCUGCAAUGUUCUGGUGUGACUUCCUUAAAAAAAGUUAAUUUGAACUGUCUAUUUUUAAAAGAAAAAUACAAUAGGAAUCGCUCUAUAGGAUAUAGUGGAUCUUUUUUUUUUUUUUUUUCAUUUGAAUUAAAAAUAUAAUUGAUAUAUUUUUUUUUUUUUACCAGUUCUCUGUUCAAUGAAAAGCAUAGGAUUAGUUUACCCCUUGAUAUAAGCCAAUGUGUGAUGUAAGACCCUCAGCAGCCUGUAUAUGAGCAAUAGACACUUGUGGUCAUGUUUGCAACAUGUAUUUUUCAUGGCGAAUCCAUCCAUACACCAUAUACCAUAUGUAUGGUGAGGUCUGCCUGCUUUGUCACUGUUCUUAACGGCAACCAAUGACCCUCAUAUUGGGCGAAGACUGGUAUAUUGUAACACGGAGUAGUUCUGCCCAUGUAAACUUGGUACCACAAAUACUAUCUAAAUAGUACUUGUCUUUUUUGACCCGAUAAUGUACAGUACUGGCAAGUGUAAUAACACAAAUGAAAAUGCAUUUGAAAAUAGUUUUCAUUUUUCAGCAAAAAAAUUAAAAAAAAAGUCAUGUUUUGUUUUGAUAUAUUAUCGAAAUUACCUUAAUGUCCCCUCAACUCUCUGUAUGACUUUGGCAUUAUUUCUGUAGCCGUUCAGCUUAUACAAACAGAUUGCAGAUGCGCACUCUUGAAGGACCACUUAACACACACAAAGUGCUUUGUGUGAGGAGUAUCCCACCUUAACUGCACUUUAAAAGUUCCUAUUUAAAUAAGUCGUUUUAAAGAUCAAUGAAGAAAUGCCAGGGAGAUGCGCUUUUGUGCCUGCCAAUGCUCCAUGUCGUCCCCCCACCCCCUUCCUCCCCAAAGUGAGUCUGUGAGCUUACAAUCUGCUCUUUUGUGAUCCAGGUGCAUUUUUCCUACUCGGAUCCUGGUCCUCCCGGGCCCCUUUCAUACACUAUUCUACCCCCUUCACUGAAAAUGCGCACAUUACUGAGAAUUGGAGGCUUCUUAAAGAGAAGAUUUUGACUGGUCAUCUCACCAUGCACAAACUGAAAGUCUGUGCCGGGGGGGUAAAAGCCACAGGCAGAAGAUCUGCAGCUCUUGCAAUCCUAUUUUUAGAUGUACCCCAAUAAAAACAUGCAGCAAAAAAAUGCUUGUGUGUUUUCUUUCGGGAUAUAUUUACUAAAUAGUGAAGUUAUAUAAAAAAAAGUAAAAUCUUGCGGAGUGUUCCUUUAAGAUCCUAUUAAUUAGCCUUAUGCUUGUUUAAACAGUUCAACCCACCAGUGAAACAUAUUUUAGAAAGACUGUGUCCUUUUGUUGGUGCUUUGAACAGAGACAAACCUUUUUUUUGUUUUUUUUUGUUUUUUUAAUGUUCUAAUAAUUGACUAUUUGCAUAUAUUGUUUUUUUUCCCCCUGUUUCUCUCUCCCAAAUAAAAAGUAACACGUUCCACAAAUGUUGCUUCUUGUAUUAAUCACAUAUAAUAUAAUAUACUCUUAUCUCAUUUCUUACAUUGCAAUUUCCUUUCAAGUGAUAUAACACCCAUUAAAACCACUAGGUGGGGACUUUCAGGGGAGGGGCCAAGGGAAGCGUUUGCAUGAUGGAAAGUUCCACACUGAGCUCCAUUUUAAAAGGUCACCUUCUGACUUUACCGCAGCCACCUUUGCUGCAAAAGAGGUCAAUGAGAAUCCCCCAGAGGUCCAGGACUGGGACAGCUUCGAGCAGGCCUGGUGCCAUCUUGGCCUCUCAGUGCAGAAUUCGGUAGGGCCUGAAGCAUAAAAUAUAAUGCGCUUCCAGGUGCCCAGUCUAGUGCAGAACACAACACCCCCACACAAUAUCUAGAUCAAUUCACUGUUGGCAGAAGGUAGGCCUUAUCUCCCCACCUAUUGCUGCAGACGCAAGCCACUCACCACGCCAGCCUUCGUCCCUGCAUUUUCUACAACUUAGCAUAGUGACCUGAAAGCACAAACUUAGAGAAGAACUCCUACCUGGACCCAUUUAAUUUGAUCUGUACAUACCUCGGUUAAUUUAUUUUAUUUAACCAUGCCAUCACUUACUAAUCCUACUUGCUCCUCUGGGCCCUGACUCAUGAUUUUAUUUCCCUAUCAACCUAAUCUAACUCCAUUUGAUAACAUCUGUGGGCUCACAUUUUUCAAGUUUUAUGCACACUCACUAAAGGGACCUCUAAUGAUAUGAUUUAAAGUCGGCUGGUUUUGUAUGGGAUAAUGGGACUUUAAAGGAAUUGCCUAUCCCUAUACUCUUCUCUUUCCUCAACAAUGGCGAAAUUAAUAGAAUUUGGGAAAAUUAACACCUAAUCACAUCCAAAACAGUCUAACACUUUCUGGAAAACACCAGACAUAUGCACAGAAGAAAUCUCAUCAACACCACUAGCCUCGUUCACACCGGAAUGUUCAACUAGCUGACGAUAUCACUGUUUAUCUCUAAAUUGGAAGUGAAAAUCGACUCAAUACUCCGCACUUUUGACAAUCUUGUCUAACACCUCCAGACUUGAUAGCCUUGAAAACAUACAGUGAUCUAAAAGACUCCUCAACUAAACGACAGCUCAUCUCCCAACAACAAUCUGCUCUGCAUUGGCUGCCCUUACGGUAUAGGACUCAAUUUAAAAUUCUGGUUCUUGCUUACAAAUCUCGACAUAAUGCUGCUCCAACCUAUCUAUCCUCCCUUACACACAAGUAUGUCCCGUCUAGAACCUUACACUCUGCCAAAGAUCUACAUCUAUCCUCUGUUCGUACUCUCACCUUCAAGACUUCUCUAGGGCUGCCGCUUUCCCGUGGAAGCACAUCAUUUAAACUGUUAAUAGCUCCCUCCCCAUGCAACCCUGAUUCCUCUCCUGCAACUGUCAUUAUAAAACAGUCUUCAGUGAAUACUAUUCUACCAUUACCUUUCGUGUCACUUUGCCCCACAUGUAAGCUCAGUAAGCAGGUACCUCAACCUUUCUGUUCCUGUGCAUCCAAAUCAUCUGAUUACAAUUGCGUGUUUGUUAGUCCACCCAGAUUAUGUCCUGAAAGAACUGACAUUUCUUCGUUGAGCUCAAACAACAACUAGACCAAGACCAGUAAUGUUCAUUUCUUUGACAAAGAAACCAUACGAUAAGCAUACAGAAAUGCAAUGAAAUUGGUAACCAAGAACACAAUGCUUAACUUCCAAAACUAUUCCAUGAAAUUAACAGCUAAAAGGUGAACGUUCUCUCCCAUAUGUAAAUCCCUUGUUAAGAAGAAAAUAAAAUUCCAACUUCAAAUUCAUGCAAAAUUUUAAUUUACAUACGGCAAUCAACCUACUUGGCUUUCCUGCUGCUGCUUCCUUGGCUUUCCUGCUACUGAUUAAUGCCCUUGACUUCACCUGAGUUAUCCGAUGUCUGAACCCUAAAGCUCUCCCACCCACAGGUCCUGGUGUCUCUUGGGUCAUACCAUCCAUCUGGUGAUGCCCCAUAUGCUCUGUUCUGUCGUCCCACUACGAGGACGAUCAGGGAAGUAUUCAUUUUCAAAGAAGCCUCUUAUCUUAUAGACAGAUGGAGGAUAUGAAACAUCAAGGUCUAGAAUUACACACGCACAUCUAAGGCUCAUAACACCUCAUCCAGCAUCAAUUUUUAGUCUCCCCUGAGCUGGUACACAAGCUGACAUAGACAACAUUCGAAUAUCGGACCGCGGUCCAAUGACUUUUAACAUAGGUCCACCCCUCCUGUUCACCCCACAAUGACUCAUUCAAAAACAUGUUGGUCGGAGCAUGGCCAAUUUUACAGACGACAACUUGGACCAUAUAGAUAACACAAUGUUAUUCUGACAGACUUCCAAGGCCAAAUAUUAGAAAUAUAACAAACUUGAUAUAGAUUUGCCACAGCCACACCAACUGAUGCAAUAAUAAAAAGAUGCUUUUGUGGAGGCAAAACAACUUUUAGAUGUCUUCUUAUUGUAAAAAUCAAAUAAAACUAGAAUUCCUUAAAUACAAUUUUUUCAUUGGGUUAGAUGAAAGGGAAAGCUAAUUAUGCAAAUAAUAAAAAGUGACGCAACCUACACCACAGAUCCAGUGGGGAUAAAAAAACAAAACCUUAUACGCCCAUUUUUCAAACCGCUUUGCCUCGCAGCCUGGUGACCCCGUGAGAGAAAUUAACCUUUUAAAGGGAGCAAACCCUAUUAGGGAAGAGGAGAUAGCACGGGCAAUAUAAAUGGAAAAGACCAAAUUACCAGCACUCUUAACUUCCUUGUUCAAUACGAUCGAUAUACAUAAAUAAAGCACCGGUUUAACCCAUUACAGCCUCUAGAAUAUUUCUAAUCUCAAAACCAGGCACGGACUCUGCAGUAUAAAUUUAUUGUAGACCGACCAUGCGACUAAAUAAUGACUUCAAACUUCCUACUAAAAUAUGGUCCAACAGCCUCAAACUGUUUUUACCCUCCAUUUUACAUGCCCAGCAAAAGGGAUUUACUAAAGGCAGACAGUCCAUCCAAGGAACCAGAAUGGCCUCCAUAUUCUCCUGGAAACCGAGGGGAAAAAAAUUGUCUUCCAAUUUCUUUCCAUUUUUUAUGAAAAGGAAGAGGAAGUUCCCAGCACCACAGCCUAUCACAUGACAUAUCACUGGAAAGCGCAAGAUGCCCUCUUUACAAUACAGCAGGGAUUGAUAGAGUAGCUCAAAAGGAUAAAAAGAGAUGCAAAAUGUCCAGUACAGAGGACACGAAUGGUCUGGGUCUCAGGAGGACGUACAACCAACACUCCAACAGAAACCAAUUUCUCCUACUGAGCUUAGAUGCUCAGAGGCCUUUGAUCAAGUAUCGUGGCCUAUACACUCAACGAUCAUAAUAAUCAUGAUUACGAGAGGGGUGAUUACCUAUUCUUUUAUUUCUUUAGACCCACUCAUUAGAUUUAUCUAUUCUUUUGAAGACAUAGAGGGAAUACAGCUAGGCCCACACACAAUUGAAUUUUGGGGUUUUGCAGACAAUGUUACUUUACCUCUUUGGAUCCUGCAAUAUAAUUUAAAAUAAUUUCAGAAAGUAUUACUUUACUGAGAGGGUAGUGGACACAUGGAAUAGCCUUCCAGCUGAAGCAGUAGUGGUUAACACAGUAAAGGAGUUUAAGCAUGCGUGGGAUAGGCAUAAGGCUAUCCUAACUAUAAGAUAAGGGACUAAUGAAAGUAUUUAGAAAAUUGGGCAGACUAGAUGGGCCGAAUGGUUCUUAUCUGCCGUCACAUUCUAUGUGUAUCACAAAUACAAUUGCCUUUUUUGAAAGAUAUGGCACAAUAACAAGCUUUCAAAGUAAUUGGUCCAAGUCAACAACUCUGAGAUUAGGCUCAGGUCCGCCGAUACGUUUACAGACACAGGCAACUCUAGCAUGGGCAGCCUCAAAUUUUAAAUAGAUGGGGUGCUAAUAACAAAGUAAAUGUCUGCUAUAUAUAAAACUAACAUGGGACCAAUUUUGGCUGAUGUACAAUGUACAAUACAUCCUCUGUAGAUGGGAACGCUUCCCCUUGACUCCCUCGGGGUGAGCUACCGUACUAAGAUCGGUUAUAAUAUCAAAACUUCUAUAUCCACUAUAAGCCUUACCAAUGGGUAAGAUCAGAUGGAAAAAAAACAAAAAAAAGCUUUAAAUCUGAUUUUCUAUAAAUUUCUCUGGAAACAAAAUCGUCCAUGAAUAGCAAUGUAUAAAUCCAGAUUUAUAAACCUAAGCAGCACACUAUCGACACACGCUGGACUGGAUAAAAGAAACCGGACAAUUUACUGCAGUACACUUAGAAAAAAAAAAACUGCGCUAGUAUAUCACUUUCCAGACUACUACACACCUCAUAGCCUUUCCUCCCAUAGGAAGCAAGGGAAAAUCCUCUCUUCGCGUUCACUAUUAAAAUCUGGAAAUUGGUGAGACAACUCUUGGGGUUCCAAUGGCAAUACACCAAAUGUUUUCCAUUCUUAUGCAGGCUGUAUUUUAAGGAUGAAAAUGCCCAAUACACAUAGCUUUUUUUUUGGACGAAAGCCUCUCACACUCCAACAAAUUAAACACAAAUUUCUUGACCGUGAUGUUCCAUUCCACAUUUCAACAUUUGACAACACUGGCUCAUGAAGCUCUCACAACAACAACAACCGUCAAACUGCUAAACCCCUUAAGGACAAUAUUCCGUCAUGAUUCCCUUUUAUUCCAGAAGUUUUCCUUAAGGGGAUAAACUACUCCCAACAGCUACCUAUCAAGAAAUGCAUUGGAAAAUCGUGCAUCACGUCUGUUACUCUCCUCAAAAAUAAUUUCCCCUAAAACUCAGUGACUCCGCGAAAUUGUCUAAAAUGAUGUACAAACAGAACAGCCCUCCACCAUUGCUUCUGGAGAUGUGCCGAAAUCGAGGCUUUCUGGAAACAGGUAGAAAAUUAUAUAAUGAAAUUACUUGUAUUAUUGGGGGUGAUGACGGAAUACUCAAAUCAUUGUUACAAAAUGGCACGUAAAAGUAUACUGCAUCAUUUGAUAGAUCCCUGUCCCCCCAAUAGCAUUACUUUACACGAAAAUAUCUUUCCUAUUUCAUAUGGACUGGGUAGAAAUCUUGUUAAUUAAAUCGCCUUAACAAAGAAAUUCUUUCUUACCUGGCAACCAUGUUUCAACACACGAGACAGAACAUCCCAAUCCAAAAUUAAAUCUUCUUUGGAGCUUACAGACUGGUACUCGACCAGAGUUAUAGCGAGCCACCCGCCCCCUAGACCAAUGGCAACUUGCCAAAACGAGACACCUCAAGCUAGUUGUCCCCGAUAUUGAGCUAACCUCAAGCUUAUAUAUUGAGACUACUUACAGGAGAGCAUGUUUAGUUUAUUUUAAGUUACGUUUUUAUUUGUUGUAUUAUUUCAUUUUCUUUUUGUACGUCUUUCAAGCAAAAAUGUCAAGCAAGAGGCACAGUAAAUAAGUUUCAACUUGUACUUUACAAAAUAACUUGUCUAUAUUAUGCUGAAUCUAGCAGAUUUAUUCAAGACAAUAAAAAAAGUUUGAAACAAAAACAAACACCACUAGGUGGUGCAAUUAAUACAGAACUUUUCCUUUCAUAAUAUUCAGAAAAAUGGUUUUACAUUUUUUAUAUUUUUUUUAUAUUGAGUGAUCUUUUUACCACAGGAAUUCUUCAUUAUCCUUAAAAUCCGUUAUGCAAACUGUCUCUCGUAUGGAACGGCAAGGUCAUUUAUUCAGAGCAUACCAUAAACACGUAACCAGAAAACUAUUCCAGAGAUGUGUGAAGGGUCUGUCGACUGAACCUCAAGUAUAUUAGCAACUGCAUAAAAUCUUUUAUAAGCAGUGAUAUUUACUAAAAAACUGGGAGUAGGUGAUGAUGCAGGAAGUGAUCACUGCUACCUUUGUUCUCAAGUCCUUGCAAGAGUCAUCUGUAGACAGGCUGCACGUGACCUUUCUUUUUUCUGCCGUCUUCACAUAUAGUUUUCAAUAUUUUUUUAUUGUCCUGUAUUAUAUUGAUUCUGAUGUGUAGUUUGGGCUUGCUCUGAGCAAAACAACUUGACAACGAAUAAUUCAUUUGUACAUGGAAGUCAGUACACAGAGGAAGUUAUUUAUUUUUGCUUUUAAUGUACUGCUCCUUGUGGUCUCGUUUAAACAGAAGAUUGUGUUUUCUUGUAAGACAGACUAUUUUACUACCUGUGAUGAAAAAAAAAAAAGAAACAAACAUUUAGAAAGAGAUGUAAUAGACCCAAAUGUGUGUACUCUAAACCGAACGCCUGUAUAUAAUGUGCAUUUGUUUUUUUUAAUAUUCUCUGAUAAUCAUGUAAAUCCAUUUUUAACUAUGUUUAAAGUCAGAAUAAAAUACAUCACUUGCAUCGUCUUGCAUACGUAUAGGUCAUUCAGAA